GACCGGCGAUAUCAAACGAUUAGAAAAGGCGCGUGCCGAGUGUGUGGGGGUAGCUCUCGUGUCCCCGCGCGCGCACUUGCCUGACAGAAUCCACACAAUAAUAAUAAUUUGAUUGGAGUCGCCGUGUGAGCGGUAGGCGGGACCAGGACACUCUUUUCUCAUCCCACUUUUGAGGAGAUUACAAGGACAAUUCAGCGUGGAACACAUGACAGUACCGCUGUUUGGAGGGAAGGCGGACGGACGAAGAGGGACAGAGGCAGGACGAAGCGACAGGGUUCGAGUCAGAGACAAGCACCGACCGGAGACAGGAUCUGUGUGGAGAUAUUUGGAGUUUGAGGGGGGAUUCUGAUAAUGAUACUUCUCUGGUAAGACACUGAACGCAUUCUGUGAGGUUGGCAUGUUAACCUGUAAAGGCAUUUUUAAUUUUUCUAGGAAAAUGUUCACCAUAGACAUAACGACCAAAAUAUUAGAACCAAUUUUAAGCCUUGGCUCUUUGUACAUAUUUGUGCAACAACAACCUGCUUGCUUAGUCCGCGUUCACUAUUAGGGCAAGUGAAUUCAAGACAUUCAAGCGUCAUUCAAGGUCCUUGGUAGUCAGAUAACGAGUCAGAGAGGUGUCAUUACAAACGUGCUACACUUGAUCUUCGUGUGUAGCCGCUGGGUUACAUACUAUUGAGAUUCAGAGCCCCGUCAAACGGAUCUAUUUCGUCGGUAUUUGCCUUUUUUUUUUCUCUCGGCAUGACCUAGAAUCUACAACAAUGCUUUUUAUGCAAAGAUAUACACCCUGGUAACAGCUGAGAGUAAAACUGGUGAUUCAAAAAUCACACCCCUACUAAGAUGGUCAGGUGGCCCAUAGUGAACCAGACCUGGCGCUGGGUGGACUUGCAUAGAGCUCCUAUAUGACCCCGAGGAAAUAGCAAGCAUAGCCUACUCCAGGCUGCAUGUCUGAUUCUGGACUAGAAAUAUUAUGUUUUCAGUAAGGCAUGUUAUGAGACCUUUGACUGAGUCUCUUCAAUGCUAGACUCUUCCAAAUUAAGCAGUCUACUGAUUUCUAAUAAGUAAUUAAUCCAACUCACAUCCCCCACCCCCGGGUAGGGCUGGGCGAUACGGGACAAAGUUUAUCAUGAUACAAUAUAUCAACAUAAAUAUAUCAGGAUAUAAAAAAUGAAAUUCAACAGUGCUUGUUGGUAGCAUUUCUUUUGCAAUACAGUAAGCUACUGCAUCUGUGAGGUCUUUGUUGUUCUCGGACUUUUUGUCGUAAAGCAUUGCUCUAGAAAGUGGACUGAAUGGUCGUUUGUUUUGGCUGCACAGGUGCCAUGGGCUCCUUGCUCCGCUCAGGGUUUGUAACCUUUUGCGUUGCGCGUGCUCUGCUGCGUGGCGCUGCUUCAGGUGGUGAAAGAGAGAACAUGUACGCGACAUAAUUUACAGUACAAAUUACUCUGCUUCAUGUACGACCUCAAAAAACAAAAUACCUCCACACCACUGACGUUUUCAUGCCAGUGUCGUCAACAAUGUCAUCAUCUGUUGAGCCUUCAUCUGCAUUUCUCCCGGGGGUAGCACUCAUUUUCUUUGUUUCUCACCAACAGUGCUGUCGGCUUCACGUGUUAAAGUGCUACGCUUGUCUGUAGCUGCAGCCUGCUACUACGCAGUUGUUUGCUACUUGGUUCUAAUUCAGCACAUGAUUGGUUCAGUGCAGCGCAACCGGGAGCAACUCCCGGCUAUUUGGCUAUUGGCUAUUUGUAUAGUCUACCAAAACAUUGCAGAAAGCCGACUAUUGAAAAGCAUAUUGACCAUGUUUUAUAAUGAUAUUGAGUGAAACUAAUUCUCGAUAUAUAUCGUUAUCAUUUUAUCGCCCAGCCCUACCCCCAGGCUUACAUCAUGUCACAGCUUUACCACAGGUACUGUUUAAUACAAUAGUUGGUGAUGUUGUCUCUUCUAAGGGACAUAGCCAGAAUUUUGGAGUGAUGCCAAGUGAAACAGAGGAACAGAGCAGAUUUCAAAUUAUACCAAAUAUGAUAUACAAAUAACUACACUGCCUGUCUUUAUUGAUGUAAAUGGCAGGGUUAAUACUGCCAUUCAGCAAUCAUGCAUUUGUAUGUACAUAAAGCUUGAUUUGUCUCAAAAGUAUCAGUAAGAUGACAUCUAGCACAUCCACUCAGUUUAGCUGUAUGCAAAGCCUCCUGUAUAGUGAAUAAAAGUCACUGCAGUAUGGUUUCUGGAGUCACCUGUAGCAGACAAGGUGAACUGUCACUCACUCCUCCAUUAUGAGUCAUCUCCAGGGCUUGUAGGCAGCUGGGACUGGACUUGGCUGGUCGGAGCUGACACAAGAGCUCAUGUCUAGUCAGCUUGUAGUCAUGAUUGACCAACUAACUCUUGCCUGUAGUGUGUCCUAGGGCCCAUGUGCUGCUUCUCUGCUACCCUAUGAAAGAAAUCACAGUGAGAAUAACCAAUGAAUCCAGCUUCAGCCAGUAGUGGUCUGCUAGGCUUGUGAUCUCUCUGUGUUUCAGACUUUAUUUGCACUGUGCUCAAGAGUAAGACGUUGUGAGCACGCUUAUGUAAACAGUUGUUUAAUGCAACUGACUUUAAUAUUUUGAUUUUGUUGUUGCUUCAAUGUAAUUUAUGUCUGUCGUUACCAGGUCUUGAGUAUCAUGUUAUACUGAGGGCCCCCAAAUUCCAGCAUGGUGAAAAAUACUUGGCACAGAACAGGAGGAAAAACACUAAUAGAUCAUUUCACAAUAGCUUUGACUGCCAUUAGUUUGUCAUCACCAUCAGGUUAUAAUUUACCUAAAAUCAGUUCAUUUUUUUGUGGCUUAUGGAAUCAGAUCUGUGCAUUUAAUAGAUGACCUUACAAAGUGGUCUCUGUAUAAUUUCACAGUGUUCAGGUUUAUCUAAAAGUGGAGAAAAGUUGAAGGUGCUCUGCUUCUGCAGCUGCAUGAACAACCAGAACAUUUCUCUAUGACAGUAUAUAAAAAGAUGAAUAUCACAGCUCUCAUUGCUUUAGCUUAGAGAGAGACCUUUGCUAUAUUUUCUUCUCACUUAAUCUGAAGUCAGCUGAACGUACAGUAUGUGUGCACAGCUCCAUCUUCUGUCACCUUUUCCUUUCUUGAAGGAGACGCAGACUCAGACAUUCUCUGACUUGCUUUUUAAUUUGAUCAAAGCUCUGUGUCCAUGUGAAAUAUCCUGCAGCGGUGUCGGUGUACCUCUGCAGGAAUGAAAAGAAAACAUGAAGGGAUUGUUCAGUCUUAAGAGAGCAAUGUUAUUCACUGUGAGAAAAAAGGGGACACCCUGCUGCUACUUGUUGAAGGUAUUAAAUUAUGAAAGGACAUUGGCUUCUGUCUGGCCUUGAGGUUCUGCAGAGAUUUGAUUCUGGUCUUUUCAAAGGCAAACAGAAGUAUUUUCUCAUCUACUCUCGAUGGAUUUAAUAAGACAAGGUUGUGUUUGCAAAAUUGAAAUAGUAUUUAGUGAGGCUUAUCUACUUUGUGUUUUGAAAAGAUAAAAGAAUAAGGAUAAAACAUAGGCCCCACCUGAAAGUCUGUAUGAUUUAAGGUAACUGCUGCCUUGGGAAGUUGUCACAGGGAUAAAGAACAAAGAAAACCACAACAACAACAAAAAAACUACAAAUAUGAUAUGAGAUAAAAGUGAUCAUGACACAACACCCCUGUCUUUUAAAUGUGAAGAAUGGUUUGUGAAUGAAUGGUAGUGUCAGUGGAAAUCCUACUGCAGUCAAGUCAAGUUUAUUUGUAUAGCACAUUUCAGCAGCAAGGCAAUUCAAGGUGCUUUACAUGAAACAAGCAGGCAAAACAUUCAAUACAAUUUGAAAAGUAAAAACAGCGUAAAAGACAUUUAACAAAUUAAAAGUUACAUUCAAAGCUAAAAUAAGGUUGGAGAUAAAAGAAAACAAAAGUUAGAUUGGAGAGAGAGAGAGAAAAAAAAAAGAAAAUACAUGAAUUACAGCCUGCAUAAGGUCACUUAGGAUAAAUGCCAGCCUAUUAUACUUCUAGUAAGUAAAAUUAAUUACAAUCUCAACAAUAUCAAAUCAAAAGCAGCUAGAGAAGGGUCUGACUUAUGUCCCAUGAGAACAGCUGCUGUGGAAUUGAAAGUUUGAGUUGGUUGAAAAAUAAGCGAGCAAUAUUUUAUCAGAGUGUGGCUGAAUACGCAGUACCAGACUCGUGCAAAUGGUGUUAUCUUUUUGUAUCUGGAACUGUUCGUGUUUCUGUUUGUGGAAGUUUGACUGGUAUCAUCUACUUGGAUUCCUGUGGGCUUUUGUUUAGCUGGAAAACAACAUGUGUAGAGGGCAAAAAGCGGCAGAACAUGAUUAACUAGGUAAUGCAAUUUUGGAACCAAUCAGCUGGCAUCAAAGUGACUGAUACUCUACUUUGGGUCAAAAUUUGUCUGGAUACAUCGGAUAGUUGGCCCAGGUUCAAAGAUCGCCUUUGAGACCAAGAUUGCCAAAUUUUCCUUUAAUGUUCUUUUAAUGUUAUUUGUGCAAUUCUGAAAGACGUCAAGGCUGACAACUUAACGAGUCAUGACCCAGACUAUUGUGACUUUCCAAGUUGUAUUAACUGGUGUGAGGGUUGUUCACAUGAACUUACUUGAACCCAUUGUCCCUGUUAUUCCAAUGACCUGUUUUUCCUUUGGUAUGAGUCUCUCUUGGUUCUUAUGGGACCAAAGGUGCUCUAUGUAGGGAAAAGGGGAAAAAACAGAAAAGGUUAAAAAUAACUUUUUAUCAAUCUGAUCCACAAUCUUCUGAAUCUCUGCGAGUUGUAUUUACACUCAUUAUCCAUCACUGGUCUGUCAUGAUGUCUCUCACAGUCCCAUAGAGGAUUUGAUACUUAAGCUGUACUGUGAUCAGCUUACUGUGUGGCUGCUGUGCUUGGGAGUUCUCUGUCAGUGGGGUGGGAUUUGGACUUGUAUGGCACCGUGGCAUGUGACAGAGUCAGCAGUGCAACAUCCACUAUGGUGGUCACACACACUGCGUGAGUUGUACUUCCAGCUCAGUGAAUGCAUCGGCCCCCAUCAUGCACUCCUUUCUUUUCUUUUGCUCGCCUCCAACGGGAUGUGGAGGAAGCAGGAGGGAGAUGGAUGGCAGAUGCCAGGAGAGGAUGGUACUUUGUUUGAGGGCGCAUGAUUGAGGAAAGACAGAGCUGGCAUUGAACAGUUAGUUGUUGAGGGAGGACUGUUAAGAUGGAUGGCCCAUUAACUGACCGUUUUAACUAACUUACAGCUAGCAUACUGUUUCUUUAAUGAGUCUGUGUCCUCGCCUGUGCCACCACUUAAUGUUCAGUUCUUUGACAACCUGCUUUUGAUCUUCAUGACAUAAUAACUACAGCUGACUAUCAAGAGGUGACACAUAUUCAUAUCCAUCCUGUCCUGUCUCUACAUUCCUAGGCUUGGGUAUCAAGAAUUGGCUCCAACUUAGAUCUGAUUCUAGUUUUUGAAGAUUUCUGGAUUUGAUGAGGCUCAUGAUUUUAGGUGGGACAUUGAAGCAAAGACAAUUCAUGCGUGAGAGAGGAAGCACAAAUCACUUCCUUCAGCACAGUGUUAAUUUGAAGGGCUGCACUGUAAUUGAUGUAUUGUGGCCUCCUGUACACAAUAACGAUCUAGCUGAGGGUAGCGGUAACAGCUGUAACAGAGUCUCAUCACACUCGGGCACAAAACACUAGGAGUGUUUCAACAAAGGUACCUCACGAUUCGAUUCGAUUUUGAUUAUAAGUGCUUCAGUUAUAAUGAUUGUCGAUUUGAUUAUUGGUGCCACAGUUUUUUGAUUAUUACCAUUUUUUAUGUUUUUUUUCCAUACAAGAUUGAGUUUGUCUUCAUCUGUGGCUACAUAUGUCAAUAAUUAGCCUAUAAAUUAACUCAGGUCCUCUAAAACUACACUCAAGAAGUAAAUAACAAGGUUUUUUGAACAUUUAGCUUUUCAAAGACACAAAAUAUUUGGUAGAGGACUUCCAGUGACGUCACAUCCAUGGCAGACGCCUGAGUUAUGCUGCGUUCGAGUUACCUUGAAAGUCAGAAGUCUAAGCUAAAAAAAAUGACAUCACACUUGAGUUCUCAGCCUUUUAGUUACAAAGUCGGAAAAUAGCAAAAUUGUAGGUGGAAACAAGAUGGCUACAUCUAUGAAAGUUAUUUUAACGCUUGCCUUAUAUUCGGACAAGGUAAGCGCUAAAAUAACUUUCAUGUAGCCAUUUUGUUUCCGCCUUCUAUUUUGCUAUUUUCUGACUUGGUUACUGAAACUCUGGUAACUCGGGUGUGACGUCAUUUUCAGCUCCGACAUCUGACUUCCAAGGUAACCUUGAACGCAGCAUUACUCACUCCGCCAGGCCCAAAUAUAUAAAUGCCAACAUUUGCACUUGACCUACUUGACUUGAACUGGGAAGUUUGGAGACAGUCUCUAAGAUGGUCCUCUAUGUGGCGGGCAUGACCGGUGAAGCCUUCUCUGUUUCAGGAUGAAAGCGUACAAGGUGCUGCCUCACGUUUGUGGUGUUGCUAAGGUACUUUAUUGUUGCUUUGCAAAUCUUGCAAAUCGCGUAGGUCUUGUCAGUCAUCUCAUUUGCUCUCUCAUAAAAUCCAAAGUACUUCCACACCGUUGCAGUCAACCCCGGUGGCGAGAGAACCGGCCACUCUUUGGAGGCUGCUGAAGCUGUUGUCAUCUUGCAAAGAAACUAACGUGCUCUGUUUGUUGUGGUCCCACUCACUAAACAGUCCAGGCGGCGCGCGUUAAAGUUUCGAUUAUGUGUUUUUUGUUCUGGCCUUGUGGCAAAGCACAGCCGUUAUAAUUAUUAUUAUAUAUAUUUUUUCAAAGCAUCAAUAUUAAUUAAUCGAUGCGGAAUCGUCACAUGAAGGAUUGGGAUGCAUCGACACAUCGAAGAAUUAUACCCACCUCUACAAAAUAUGGUUGAGCUCAUAUUGAAAUUUUUAUUGAGAUUAAGGGACAUCUACAAAUAUUUCAUAUAUAUUUUUGUCAAAUGAAAUUUGAGCACCUCUCUGUUCCCUCUUUCUUACGCAGAGACCCUGUGCAGCAGAAACUCUGUUCUGUUCAUUUAAACGUUGAAGGGCAAGGUGGACAGGGAGAAAAUGAAGGAACAUCACUGUGCAGUGACAUGAUUUGUGGUGACGAGAUUAGAGCCCUUUGCCAAUUUUGAGUCACCACCAUUUAGAUAUGCAGACAUUUACUCCCUUUGACACCUCUGCUGUUUACAUAACAACCACGUGUUUUCAUUGUGUUACAGUCCAUCGUGUUUUUCCUAUAUUUUCCUGUUCAUCAUUUCAAAUGUGUUGCUGUGUAGUUUUAAUUGUUGAUCUGUCCUGAUGACAUAACACCAGGUUACUGCAGCUUACCGGCUGUCAAAAUUUAAAAUAAGGAAUAUUAAAAACUCUGAUGCAAACGUUUUUUUUUAAUGCCUUGAACUAAUGUUUGAUUAAAACUGAAACAUUCUGCCUCAUAUGCAGGAGUUGAUAGUUAACCAGUUACACUUACAGAACAGUUAUGACACGCCAUCUUGUGAUGUCUAGCCAAUCAGAUGCUAUUGUGGGAGGGACAUGGGUGGCCAAGGCCAAUUAUUGGUCCAUUCCUUAUAAUUAUAGUGGAAACAGAAUUAAUACAGCUCUAAUCUUUUCAUAAUUCUGAGUAUACUGGCCCAGAUUUGCAGAGCUCAUGGAAAAUAUUGGCGCGCCUCAUAUUCUCUAGAAUUUCGGCAUGUGUGCAGAGGGCAUCAUGCUUGCAGUUGCAGUAUUAAUUGUCUGAUUUGUUAACAUGCUAAAAUGAUACCAAGCUGUUCCUGAGCCACCAUGCAGCCAACAGACUUCCUGGGUCAAGUACCAGGAUACAGUUGGCUGUGUAAACGCAAGUAAGAUCAGGGUUUUAUCCUGCCAGACCCUACCAAACUGAACCAAACCAGACUACUGGGUGGAAAUACACCUUAUCGUUCCAACAGGAAUGGCAGAGUUUUUAUAAUUUUAAAUCUUUGCCCGCCACAAAUAACAGAAUAAGGAUCAAGAAUCAAUAAGAAACUCUUAGUCAGUUCACAAAGCUUCAGUACAAUGAUUACAAGCUUAACUUGUUGCAUACCUAAACAAAUCGCGCUCACAUAUACUUGCUGACAGAAUAGUGGAAUUUAUAGUAAUAUAGAGAAUAGAAUAUUCCUUUAUUGACCCCCCAUGAGGGAAAUUUUUUUGCCACAGCAGCAACACAGACAAUGAUAGUGCAAAAAUGCAGUUAUAAAAAUAAAGACAGAAAUAUCACGAACUUAAAUAUUAUAAUUAAGAAAAAAUUUAGAAAAGAAAAAAGGGAAAAAUACAACUAUAUAGCAGUGGCGAUUGCUCUAAGACUGCAAGGGAAGCUCAGCUUCCCUUAAAAUGUCACCCCCCCAAAAAAAGAAAAAGUGGUGAAAUACGUACUGCUGUGUGUACAUUUCAUUAACUAAAUACGCGCUAGAAAGCCUCCAUCUUUUGUUCAGAAUCAGCUUCUUAUCACAGUGUGAUAAGAGGCUGAUUCUGCACAACUUCGUUCUCAUUCAUCCUCGCAGCGCCUCAGCGCUUUAAACAGCCGGACGCCCAGCUUCUGCUGACUUCAAUGUGAAAGCUCAAAGUGGGUUGUUCCAGCAGCGAAACUAGACGCUCAUUGGAUAAAUGCUGGGCUUUGUCCUGCCCAUCGGAGGCUCAGCUUCACUGGAGUUCUAUGGCGAGAGGGCGGUCCCGACUUUCUCCCGGACUCCGAGCUUCUACAUCCAUGAUUGGAUGAGCUGUCUGAGGCGAAAUCCUUUUUUGAUUGACAGCUAAACAAGCGAAUCAGCGAUCUUGAAGAAUAAAACAUCUACCAGAGCAUUUUCCAAGUUAUUCAUUCCGUUGUUCUUAACUGCUCCGGAGACUUUACCGAUCCUCAGCGACUUUUGUCUUUGUUAAAGACAACUGCCGUUGUGUUUGGUGACUCUUUUUUGUUACAUACAAAUAAACAAACACAAUUAUGAUGUAGGCCAGAAAAAUGAGCUUCCCCUCCUUGAAAGACCAGCAGCCGCCACUGCUAUAUAGAAUAUACACAAUUUAAGUACCAAAUAUACCUAGUAAUUAUUUUAUUUCUUUUUUUGGGGGGAGUUCUCUGUCAGUGGGGUGGGAUUCUAGGUUUUAAAAGACUCUAUAUUUGACUAUAUGAGACUAUAUAUUUGAGUCUCACGGUGCUUAUUUGUGCUUAUCACAAAUUUAUUAAACAGCCAGUUUUAGUCCAACAAUUUGCACCAGUAUGUUUCUGGUGUGACUUUACCGCAAAUGUAUUCAUAUUUGAUAAGUUCAAAGUAUCUUUGAUCGCCAGCUCAGCUUGUGAAAUAUUUUUGCAUAUCGUCCAUAGUCAGUACAUCAUGAACUGCAGUGUGUCAGCUGUGUCUGGUGCUUAAUUAUUUUUUUUUAGACUUGCAUAGCUGAUCUAAAAAUGCUGCUGCUCUAAAGAGUGUGCAAAUUUUGUGUGCUCACACCAUGACUUGUAAUCUGCUUCUUCUGGCAGUGUGCUUGCAUUUGCUUCCAGUGCUGUAUCUGACAGCAGGCUGAGAGGAGACCAAAUUUGAUCUGACAUGAACAUGCCAGCAUUGUGUUGCUGUCCAGGCCAGAACUCAUCAUUGUUUAAUUGAUUCAGAGACAAUGAAUAUGAACAUGUGUAAAUACUUAUCCUCUCCUAGGAUGACAGAAAAUGCGGUUACAGCCCAACAACCAGUUUAAAAAAACGCUGUCAGAGAACACUGUAGGAUGAGUUCACUCUCUGGAAAUGUUGUAAACUUUACUUGUUAAUGGUUCACUGUCCUUGUAAGCAGCCUGGCGCAGUGUUACUGUGUCAAACAAAGAUGUGACAAAGACAGCUUUUGAGCCAGGAAGACACACAUAUGAGUUCACAUUCAAAUCAAGGGAAUAAUUUAUGACUCAUACUCAAAAUGUUUUUAAAGCUGAUGAAUCUUAACGAAGUUCCCUGGCACUAUUUAUAUCCAAAUGACUGAUGGUUAAUAAAACUGUCUUAUCUAUUUUAUGGUUGUCUAUGAGAUCCCAAUAAUAAAUCAGAGCUUAAUCAGCUAGUGACUAAAAUUUGCUUUGCUUUCUGUAACUAAUGACAGUAUGUCCAGUCCUUUGGUACAGCACAUCAGACAUCAGACAUGCAAGACAGUGUAGAGCCUCAAUUUAACUUUCACGAAGACAGUACAGGCUUCAAUUUUACAAGGACUGUUUAAAACCAAGAAAUCUCUUGAAGACUUCAAAAGGACAAUAAAUUACAUACAGUAAAAGAUUAACUUGCCAUAAUUUGUUGUUGAAACAUCCAACAGUAAGUUUAGAUUCAUUAGACUUGGGCUUGAUUAGUGAACUGAAGCAAAAGCAUGUACUGUGAGCAUUCAGCUUGAGGUAGUGUGCCCGUUUGAACAUCCUCUGAACAGGUUUGUCUGCAACUAGGGCUGCAGCUAUCGAAUAUUCUAGUAAUCGUGUAUUCUACCGAAUAUUCCAUCGAUUAAUUGAGUACUCGCAUAACACAUUUUUUUUAAAUUAAAGUGCAAUUAUUAAUAUAGAGAAAAUAAGACAGUUAACUUGAUAAUGAACAAUUGAUUGUUUUCCUUUUUAAGAAACAAGGAACAUGAAACAAGCGUGUGCGGUAGCAGAUUGCAAUGCUCGUAAGAAAGCUAAUUAUAAUAUUAACUUUCAUCAUGCCCCUAAAGAUAUUAGUGUCCAAGAGCUGAAUAGCUCCUAUGCUACCUGCUUCCGCAACUGCACAAUGAAUCUAGCAAUGUUAGGCUGCAAGCUAGCAUGAAGAGGAGUGUGCAGAGCAGCGCUGUCUCCGCCCAUGACUCAGAGGAGAAUUGCUAAUGAUCUACUGGAGCUCUGCAGAAAAAAAGCCUCUCUUAUCAUUCAUUUUUUGCGCUCCGCAAAACCAAAACCGCGCUUACUCCUCCUUCUACCACAGUGACGUAAGCGCGUUGUGUCACCUUGAAAACAAUCUGUGCGAAACAGUGAUGAUUUGAACUUAUAAACAAGUACUCGAGGUAGGCUUUCCACGGUUUGAGAUUUUGCAGUACGGUACGGUGACGGUGACAGUACCAUACACCGCGGUAUUUCACGGUGAUGAUAUAUAUAUAUAUAUAUAUAUAUAUAUAUAUAUAUAUAUAUAUAUAUAUAAAAAAAAACUUUACUAGGGGCUAUGAAAUGACAACCAAAACACACAAGGAUCAUCCUCAAAAGAAAACAUUGCUAUAUUUAAGCAAAAUGUGUGUCUGUCUGUGUGGUGUGUCUUGUCUAACCGGUGAAGGAGGGGGCCGCGGGCCAACUGGGCCCGGGCUCGAGCAUAUUAUCUCUGCCUCUGGUUCGGAGGAGUCUGCCAUCAUCAUGCCAUGCUUUGUGCACGCUUCCUGGAAUGGAUCAUGUGGAUAUGGCGGGGCGUCGCCUUAGGUGUGUUUGAUACCAAAAAUACCUUUCCUUGGGGGUGCUUGAUUGUUGGAUUGAACCAUUGACAGGGGGCAGCGCAUCAUCAUCAUGGGCAUGGCAGCCUGCCCAGAACAAAUGGAAUAUACAAUCGUGUUUUUUCCAGCACUCCGCAGCAUCACACAGGUAGGAAACGGUUCAAUAUUUUGGUGCUGCUGUCUUACUGUAGCCCAGACUGACCACUAAUGUUAAUGUGAACGUGAAGUGAUAUCUUUAUUAUGGCAAGUCGCGCUUGUGUUGAGGCGUAACGUGCGCUUUACGCGCCGGCGGUGCUACAUAAUAUUGAAAUUACGACACCGUGAGCUCAGCAAUCUCACGGUGUCGCCACCGUGACUUUAUUUCACCGCGAUGACGGUGUAUACGGUAUACCGCGGAAAGCCUAACUCGAGGUAGAGAAAAUUCCUCAAUCAUUUUUUGUAAUCGAGGUACUCGAAGAAUCGUUUCAGCCCUAUCUGCAACAGCUUCAUCUGUUCCACCAGUUGUCUUGUAUUCUUUGUAUUCUCAUCAUUAAAUCAAAUUAAGGAAAAAAAAAUCUUUUUGAAUAGCCCAGAAGUUUUGUUGUAAGCUCUGAGCAGUCUCUUUGUUUAUCAUGCAAGACUUAUUAUUUGAAGCCUCUCUGUCUGACUAUUUGACCUCCUUACUCCUCCGCUGUUGUUUCUUUAAAUUUACAUCUCUUGACUCUUCCAUGUGGUUACAUUGCUGCCCCCCUGAUCCUUCUUGUCUGUUGGUCCCAUGUGAGUGUUGUGAAAGAGAGACAGAAAGUGUCACUUGAUUCUUGAAAUAAAUCACGUUUUCUGUGAGUCACCAGGCGAUUGCUGCCAUGAAGGGGCGUCACGAGACACUGAAGACAAGCCAUGCCGCCUCAUGCCUCACUCUUAAUGGGGUCCAGGAAACAUAAAUUUCCCCUAACCCACCAGUCAGGACAAAGUCACAGUAGUUCGCAGUGAGAGCAGAGAGUUGCCAUAACUACACAGAUCACAACAAAGUAUUUGGUUUUGUUUUAUGGUUGGACUGUUUUUGUGUGUGUGUGUGUAAAAGUUAUGUUUUUCUUUAAGCUUAAGUUUUGUUUGGGAUUUUUUAGAGCUGCUUAUUACCUUUGUCUUUGUCACCAGUUGCAUGAAGGUGCAUGAAUGCUGCCAAAGUGUGUCCGACUUUAUUGUCACAGUGAACUUUUAUGCUGCAGUACUCUGACUGCAGAGACACACCUUAAAAUUCACAGAUUUGACUGAAUGUCCUUAUUGACAAAGAACACUGUGCACUUCUGCCUUCAGCUCUUUGAUUUAUGUUCCUUAAAAAUCUGUAGGCAGCAGUUAUGAAUGUUGUGUCUUUGUUUUAGUUAAGUUUAUUCAUUUACCCUUCCUUCCUGUUUUAUUUUGAAACUUACCUGUGUCUCUUGUUUCAGGUGUCUUGACUUCCGCCCUUGUGUGCUCUGCUCCCUGAUUGCCCUAAUGUGGUCCACCUGUGUCUUGUUAUCUCCACUCUGUGUGUAUUUGAGCUCAGCCUCCUCUCCCGUCUGUGCCAGUUUGUCUUGUUCCUUUGUGUCAAAUGUCCAGCGCUUCCCUCAUGUUUGCGUCCCUGUUUUUUGACUUAGUGUUUUUGGACUGAAUUUUUUGCCUUUUGUGACUGCCUUCCUGUGAACCGAACCCUUGUUUGAUUAAACCUUCUCUCAAUUUUUAUCUGCCGCCUGAGUCCAGCUUUUGGGUCCAAAUCCUGGUUUAUAGUUAUUACAAUGAAGAUAUCUCAGCUUUUGCAAGGUCAUACUGGAUAAUUUUAAAAAGCUGAAUCUUUCUUUUAUACAGCAAAUGACUCAGUGGUAAACUAGAAUCUGUUUUUGGCUAUGUUGUGCUGAUCAAUUUGGUAUUGAUUAAAUCUAAACUUUACCAAACUCUGUUGAAGAAUGGGGCUGGUUCAGCGCUAUAUUAGGGUGACCAUAUAUCCUCUUUUACCUGGACAUGUCCUCUUUUUUGCGGGCUGUCCGGGCUAUCCGGCUUUGUCCUUCAACUGUUUUGUACAGAAGUUUCUAGUUUGUGUCGCGUGGACUUAGUGAGUUAGAAGCGCAUAAAGGACACUCGAAAAACUCAAAAUUAACUUCAUGUGACUCUGUGACUCUGCCCACGCGUAACCGUGUCCUCUUUUUGGGAAGUCAGAAUAGGGUCACCCUAGCUAUAUUUAUAUUACCAACCUCUGGUGAAAUGUGUUUGAGAGCAUGUUAUUGACAACUGGAAGUGUCUGAGCGAAAAGUAGCAACGAAAAUAAAGUGAUCUGUUGCAAAAGCUAAUUACUUAAUAAGGGGACCAGUUUUAGUUUUAUGGCUUUAACACAAAGCAGAAACUUUAUAUGAUAUGAUUAUAUGAUAUGGGAUCAAAGUGUGACCUCAUCAGUGAGAGGGAUGUAUUGAGAUUUAACACUAUGAAUAGCAGCCAAUCAGAAAUACCCCCUAGGGAUCUUUUUAUUGUUUUAUUUACUUUGUGAUAAUCAAGCUGGUGCAUUAAAAUCUUUUCCAUAAUUUUUAUCAUUUGGAUUUUGUUUAAAAGAAACAACAUUUUAUGCUAUUACUUAUCUACAUACCCAUUCAUCCAUGUGCAUUUGUUAGUGUGUAAACUGCUUUAUUGACGAUGUGCCAUUGCAUUCAACACUCCAUACAGUGCUUGCAAGAGUCACCAUCUAUUUUUUUGCAGAAACAUGUCGGUCUCUGAAUCACCGGAGAAGAGAUUCAGAAAAAUUCAAAUUCAGACUCUACCCAAAACACCCAAAUUUAUUAGAUACAAGACUUGCCUGUAGAAACCAGAUAUUUAAAUAUUCUGCCAAACAAGAGACUGCAUCCAGCUUAAUUUGACAGUUCUUGAUGUGCAACCCACAGCUGCUUAUAGGAAGUUUGCAGAUGAGGAGCACCUCAAAAGCUGACAUAAAAAUCUCUUUCAGUCAUAAGUUAAUCUCCUGUUCCCCCUGCUGAGUGAUCAACAUGGUACUCAGAGGCUGCUGCAGACAGACAGAGAGAGAGAGAGAGAGAGAGAUAUGACAGGAAAGGAUACAGAGGCCCAUAAGACAAGUGGUGUCUGAUGAAAGACUCAGAAUCAGAAUUAAAAUAAAGUCCUCCUCCAGAGGUUGGCGAGUGUCAGAGAAAAUGCUUUGUUGAUAUGAAUAAUACAACUCAUAUUCAACAGAGACUAAAAAGGGAAUUCUCCCAAAUAAGAUUGUGUCCUCUUAUUGCGCCAAGUAGGCCUGGACGAUAUAGAAAAAAAGCAUAUCGAUAAAAAAUAAAUCAUAUUGAUCGAUAUCGAUAAUUAUCGAUAUAAUUAUUAUAAUUAUUUAACAUAUAUUUUAAUUGCAGCCCUGGAUGUUUUAUGCUAUUGCUUAAUGACCUACUUUUAAUAAAGAACACACAAGCACUGAAUUCAAAUUCAAACCUUUAUUCAACCACCUUUUUUAUUUUACAACUGAAAGUUUUUUAAAAAAGAAUUAAAAAAAAAGAAAUCAACUUAAGUGGCCUGAGUGACGUCAGUAAAUACUGACAAACAUAAAGACUAAAGUGACCAGAAAAUCGGAUAAAUAAAUAUUUAAAUAGUCUUUUGAUGAAAAUAAACAAAACAAACAAAUAUAUAAAUAAACAGAAUAGCUUUAGGUGGGAAUAGCAUACUACCACUUCUAACUGUGUGGGAAACUGCCCAGAGCCUGGUGUCUGAACACUGAAAUAUUUCUCCCGGGGUCGGGAGAUUUAUUUUUUUUAAUUAUCAUGUGAUUGACUUAAUACACAAACUAAGCACGAGAAGCAGGACUUAGCCACGCCGGUGUUGUGUCGUAGAAUGCACCCCUGCCGAAUGCACCCCCUGCUAGCAGCCAUGAUCCAAAUACUCGCGUCUUUGUAAAAUAUGAGCUCAUUUUCUUCCACUCUAAGAAGCUAAUGAGUGGACGGGAUGCAGGGAUGCAUUCUACAGCACAACACCGGAACGUAUUUCCUCCGCACCCUUCUCACCUUAUCAACCCCUGACCCAUUUUCAUGCCUGAAGCGCUGUGUUUGAGAAAUACUUGCGGCCGGGCACUUCAUAUCGCGGGUCGAGAGUGGCUAGAAGCUGGUCGAAGCCAGGCUUUUCAACGGUAGUUAUUGGCAGUAUGUCCCUCGCUAUGGAGCAUGUUACUGCAUGGGUGAUGUCCUUAUGCCGCUCGGACGCUCUGUCGUAUUUUGGCAAGAAACGAAGUCCAGUUUGGUCUGCUUCACAUGCUUUGUGCUGGUGCUGGCAGCGGUUCCAGAGGAUUCCUCCGACGACGUGUCGGCCGCGGCGCGACCGACACAGCUCGUACUCCUGCGGGUGCGAUCGGUUUAGAUGGUAAAACAAGUUGGUUGUGUUACCAGACUUGGUUUUUACUAAUUCUCUGCAAAUUUUGCAAACGACCGCUGUUCGCUUCUUGUCAGACUUCUAAAAACCAAAACAUUGCCAUGCUGGAGAACUACUGAAACCUUUUUUCGGGACAAUUUCCUCCGCUUCUCCUUGCUGAAUCAUUUUUUCUAAUACACGUGCUGUCUGUUGUGGUUUGAUAGGGGCUGGGCUUGGUGCCGUAGCGUACCUGGGUCUGCGUUUGUGAUUGGUUGGGAGGAAGUAAUGACUGUAGUAAAAGCUACAUGAUAGGCUAUGAUGAAAAAGAAAGGGAAACUGUUUUCUAUCGAACUUUUUAUCGACCCGUUUUUUUUCUAUCGCACCACACGUCUAUCGAUCGAUAUAUAUUGUUAUCGAAUUAUCGUCCAGCACUAGCGCCAAGGAUCUUAUAUGAUUUGGGUUUACUUUCUGCUCUGCCUUGAGUUCUGAUUUACAAAGUAAAUUGUGCUGAAGAUAGUCAAACGCAAAACACCCACAAAGUUCUUCAACUCUGUGCAGUUUACUCUCGUUUUGAGUUUGAACAUAGCUGAGAUGAGCUGUCGACAUCUCUACUUUUUGCUAAGCAAGACUGUGAUGUCAUGUGAUGACCUACAUAAAGAGGGACAUUUCUUACCAUUUAAUUGGGGAGACAAUUCACGACACGACACGUCUUUGACAGAAUGGAGAGAUAACAAGAUUAAGAUAUGCAAUGAAUGUCCUCAAUCAGAAUUGAUGCUUGUUUUUUAACUUUUAUUUCUUACUCUUCAUAGUCACUUUCAGUCCUUUGGAAGCCCCCACCUUCAUCACCAUUAUCAAAACAUGGAGUCCAGUAGCAUUAGCUGGAAUCCCAGUGCAGCUCUGCUCAGUGCAGCACAGGUCUAAUUAGCAGGAAUAAUUGAAAAACACAUGUGGGUCCACAGUACUUUAAAAUUAAACAGCAUAUACACUGUACUUUAGCACAAGGAAGAAUACCAAUACUUAUGUUACGCCACAGUGAGAGGUCAAUAUCAAUGCUGACAUUUAAAGUUGGAAGGAUACUACUUCCACACUGUUGAUUAACCGUGAUUGACCAUCUAAGCACACGUGUUCACGUGGAGGGCAAUGCCUUACAUUUUCUUUCACAACACAAUGCUCAGCACCUAAUGUGUGCUGUUUUAGUUAUCAUCUUUGUGGAAUAAGCAGACAGAAUAAUAGCUUAAAAUGUUGUUUAUAUUUUUAUCUUCGUCCAUACUCUAAGAAGAGGAAAGCUCAGGUCAGAUUGUGAAUUAAUUUGUGUAUUUCGUAGGUUUAAGAUCAUCCUUGUACAAAGAUACAGAUUGCUUUUUCUAAGUUUGCUUUCGAGACAGCUACAACAGUAAAUACAGAAGUGCUUACCUGCUGAUUUAAAAAUGACUCAUACCCUCAGCUUAAUUCAUACCCUGGCCUGGUACAUCUAAAUCAGUAACAGUGUUCUCAGGGAUUCAUGUGAACUCAUGUGAAGUUACUCCCAGAAAAGUGUGCUUUUCUUCAAGUAGGCAGAAACACUGAUGAAUUGAAAAGGUGUUGCUGAAUCCAUGUCUCUGUUUCAUCCCUUUGCACAAUUUAUCACCAGUGUGAUUCCUCGCUAAUCUUAGUCACACACUCUGGUCCUGAUGAAAGCUUUCUUUUAUGUUUUUAGGCCUUUUUGUUAAUUUAAAGCAGCAUGCUGUUUCUCUGUAAUUACAUUGAAUAUGUCAUUAUGUGUAAGUGUGUAUGUGUGUGUGAUCAUGUGUAUUGAUGUGUAUGUCCACCAUGGUGUGAAGAACCAGAACACAGACAGAUGGUUGUUGGAUGUGUUCAGUGAGUGUUAAGUGCUGACAUCAGACAGCUGCUGUGUUCAGUGGGACAUGUAGCAGCAUUUAAACACAGCUUUGAGUGGGUACAUGAUGUUGGGUUACAACAAGGCUUUUCACUCCUCUGUGGCUAUUUUUACACAAGAGGAAGGUUACAUGCAGUGAUCCCGGCAGUUUGAUCCUUAUUACUGCUCCGACGAGAUAGACCCUAAUCUGAUCUAUUCUAUCAUCACGGCUGUCGGAAGUCCAAAGUCCAAAGCCAGUGUUUUGCAUUGAAACACUCUUUGAUAGAUCUAUUAGCUGCUCAUCAGUGAGAUUGUGGGCCAUGUGUAAUCUCUUAAUCUGCAGGAAACUGCUUCCUGUUCAUAAACAGAAAGGGAUGAUGAGGAAUAUGCUUCAAAUGCUGUCUGUCAUAGUUUCAGCGAAGCAACUGUUAGUGUAAAGGAAACAGUUUUGGCUGCGGUGGCCAAUAGGUAGACAUGCUAAAACUAAGGGAGAGGACGGAGAUGCUGCAAAUUUAGAUAUACCACAAAUACAUUGUGAUAGGGCUGAGCGAUAAGCCGAAAAUUCACAGAUACCGAAAUGUAAGAGAAUAACCAACAUCAAUUUGUCCAUGUCAAUAUAUUCUGUGUCAAAAAAAUGAAAAAAGUUUGUUUUGGAUGUGUGUAGGUAGGCCAUGGUCUCAUGUCCCUUUAAAGGGAUAUUCCAGCGUAAAAUUAAUUUAGGGUCAAACACACUGUAACACUGAGUUAGACACCCCAUCAAGAGAUGAAUAUUGCUGACCGCUUGCUUCUCUAGUUUUACCAACUUAAGUAACGACCGCAGGAUAGCAAUACACAGCAGUCUGAGGAGCCAUUAACAAACCUCAACCAAAAAGCCACUCUAUAGCCACAAAUAAUGCUCAGAACAGCACCUAACUUCAUCAACAGUACAUAGAGGGUCCCAGCCAUAGUACUAGCCACCAAACAUCUUUUUAACUUUGCCUAAUUUCUUUAUCAAAGAGACUAAACACAACUUACCUACUCUCUUCCAGCAGCCGCUUGUUUGUAGUGAGACCUCAGGCCAGUCCAUUACAGACUGCUGUGAGGUGAUGCAGCUGAAGGAAGAACAUUUAUGAUCAUUUCUUUAUCAUUUCCUUGAAGUCAUAAUCACCAUAUUAAUCAUUUUGCUCUGCAGACGCGGUAGUUCUUCUGCCUUAGCGUCUCGGUCUCAUGGCACUGUUGUCAUGUUCUUCCUUCAGCUGCGUCACCCCACAGCAGUCUGUAAUGGACUGGCCUGAGGUCUCGCUACAAACAAGCGGCUGCUGGAAGAGAGUAGGUAAGUUGUGUUUAGUCUCUUUGACAAAGAAAUCAGUCAAAGUUAAAAAGAUGUUUGGUGGCUAGUACUAUGGCUGGGACCCUAUAUGUACUGUUGAUGAAGUUAGGUGCUGUUCUGAGCAUUAUUUGUGGCUAUAGAGUGGCUUUUUGGUUGAGGUUUGUUAAUGGCUCCUCAGACUGCCGUGUAUUGCUAUCCUGUGGUCUUUACUAAAGUUGGUAUAACUAGAGAAGCAAGCGGUUGGCAACAUUCAUCUCAUGAGGGGGUGUUUAAUUCUGUGUUACUGUGUGUUUGACCCUAAAUUAAUUUUACGUCGGAGUAUACCGUUAAGAUGCUACGUCAGAGACCAGACUCCACCUUAUCCAGUCCGUAUCAAAGAGGGAAACACAGGUGAGAAGAUGGAGGACGGUUCAAAAUUUGGAUGGAGCGGCUGGAGUGACGGCUGAAGUGGAUGAAGUUAAUGUGGGAGGGGGUGAGCGGCUUGUGGAGUAGUUAUCGUCCAUUUAUCGUUAUCGAGGUGAAAUGCUCAAUAUAUCUGAUAUUGAUUUGAGGCCAUAUCGCCCUGCCCUACAUUGUGAUUCUAGCUCUGCUCACAAUGAUUCUUGCAAAAUAACCUAACACACAAACCUGGGGCUUGAGGGUAGUAGAAGUGAAGUCAAAGUGAUGCUGGACAUCUUCUUUAUUCAUCUCUCUUUCCCUUCAAAUUUCUUUCAUCCUCAGAUGAUGGAGUUUUAGUUCAUUUGAAGAAUUGUUGAAGGUUCAGUUUGUUCAGGCAUCUGGAACAUUCUUCUAAUCCCGGAUUCAUGGAACGUGUGACUGCUGGUAAAGAAGUGAUCGACACUCAAUGGUUGUUUGUGUGCACUUAAACAGAUUAAAAGAGUGUGAAAAUCACAGUCGAGACUCCAUUAAGAAAGAUUAUACCACCAGAGGCCUGUGAGAAUGUCAUCGAGUAGUUACAGAGGACAGCAGCACUACAGUUCGAGGUUGCUCAUUGUACGAACUCCACACACUUAAAAGUAUAUUUUCAAGUAUACACCUUCUGACUGAUCUACAAACAGAAAAAUUAAUAUCCUGUAUAUGCACAUGAUUAAGUACAGAUGAAUCAGCAUGCACAGCGUUGUUUGUUUCAGGUACCAGUCUAGGAAUAACAAUCAGUGGUUGCCUCCUUAUGGGAUGAUGUCUCUCAGCAGAGUCGCUCACGUCAGAGAGCUGCAAGCUGAGGCAUACACACUUGCUGUGUGUUGGCAAACUGAGGUGAUGUUUUGGACGAGGGCUUGAAUAAACAUAGCCUCUGCUAUUGCUGUGAAAAGACUCAUUUACUCCCACCAACAGAAUCACACUGUGGCUUUAACUCUUUCAUAGGACCAGGAAGUUUAAAGAUCAGGAGGGAUUUAAAAUGGUAAUCCCUUUUAAAUCUGGUCCUGCUGUAUUUAUUCUCAUUUACUUUUCAUAUACUUUUUUUUUACAUUUUUUUUACAUCUUUCUCAUACAUCUUUGUCAAACUGCUUUCACUCAUGAAAACUGGGGCUUAUUGGAUGUUUUUUCUCUGACAGAUGGCACCACAGAGACAAUUAAUUCUGUAGAGAAACACUGAGUAUUGUCAUGUCAGCCUUAUCUGUGUUCUGUUAUGAUGCAUGGUGUGAAUUUAAAAAUAAACGCUUUAAAUAAAGCUUUCAUUUAUGAUCAUUUACUUUAGUUUAUGAUAAUCUGCAUUGAUGAAUUCAGAUUGUAAUAGCCUGCUCUCUGAGCAAUGUUUUUGCCUAGGGUACAAGAUUUGUUGAAGUCAGAGUAAACAGUUAUUACUAUCAUGCAGAUAGUGACACAUGUGUUUAUGCAAUGACAUAAUGUCUACAGACUAUAGAGCAUUUCAGUUUGGGUGAGCAUUUCGUCAUGGGCCAUGGACAAGUCGUCUUCUGUUUCAUGCCACAAUGUAGCUCUACUGGCUUGGGUGAAAGCCUGGGGGGCAAAACUUCAUUGCUUAUGUGUUUGUUUCCUUUUUUCUUUUUAACCCUAAAAACACUUAUUGGUAUUCGUUAUUUUGAGAUAAUUUGCUUUUUUUUUUAAUUAUAUUUUUAUUGAAGUUUUUUGUUUUUACAACAAUACAAAACAACUGAGAAAGAAAAAAGGUCAUCAGUACAGUUCAUUUUUUUAAUAAGGUUAAAUUGGGUUGCUUUUUCCAGUGUCAGGGUUUUAACAUUACUAGUCCAUCAGAUAUUCCAAAUAGAUGUAUGUCAAAAGCAUGAUCUUUACAAAAUAUGUACAAGUAGACCAAUCAUUGUACUAAUAGUCACCAAAUAGACAUGAGGCAGGAACUAAACAACAGAAAAAAGUCCUUACUAAUGUUCUUGUACAGAUGACAAUACAAUACCAGCUAUACACUUUCAUACAUUUAUGUUCUGAAAUGUCAUCCAUUUGGACCAAUAUCUACUGAAUUAUCUAAACAAAGUCCUUGGGAAAAGGUCAGCCUCUCCAUAUCGUACAAUUCCUUUACAAUCAUUAUCCAUUCUGCUUUUGUGGGUGGUUCUUUUACAAGCCACUUUCUGGUUAUUGCCUUUUUACUUGCAAUUAGAAAUAUUCUAAGAAGGUAUUUAUCUGGGCUAUUAAGUGUGUUGGGUAGAUUCCCUAGAUAUAUUGUUUUGAAAACCAUUAUCCGGCUCAAAACCUAGCACCAAAUAACCAAAUAUUUAGAGGAAUCAUUAUCCAGCUGCUUAAUUUUAGUGAGUGUAUUUUCUUCAAUAUUUUACAUUUUUAAGUGUACAAACUGUAAUUUUCCAAAAUGUUAUUCCAUAAAUAAUCACGAGAAUACAAUGUAUUUUGUAAAUAAAGCAACUUUCCUUUACCUCAGUAUUUGGUCAUUAAACAUUGUCCCUCAUUUGAGAGAGUGUUUUCUCCAAAACAUUUUAGCUACCAUUUCACAUUAAUUUGCCUCAAACUUGGACAACAAGCUUUCCAAAAUAAGAGCCUCCGAUUGAACUAUUUUGUUUUCACCGACUGAACUAAGUCCAAGGAUGUCAUGUAUUUCUUUUGUUGCGGACCAUAAUGAUUGUAGAGCUCUGUCCAAUCAGCUCUGCUGUUUCAAGCUCCAUCGCUCAGGGCCAUUGAAGAGGCACCCUUGUAGCUGGACAACCCAUCGUGUAUUGUCCUUGAAUGGCUUCCUCCAACCUCCUCGUGAUUUGUAGACUAUCUGAGUGGCAGUGUGGUUCUGUGCAGUGAUUUGUCCCACGAGAUGGGGCCCUGCCUCUGCCAUUGCUACCGUCAGCAACUCUGCUACAACUAUGCAUGCAUACAGGAUACUGGCAUUUGCUGAAUUCAAGGUGGCAUCUUUUCAAUUAGAGCCCAGUGAAAUACCUUUUCAGCCCUUCGAGUGGCCUGGCGAACUACAGCCAAAGGGGGCCCCGGCGGUAUAAUGAUGCCUGGCACAAUAGUUCCACUGUUCUCCAAACCGUUCCCAGGAAACCGCACAACAUGUGCCUUUGUGCACUGUGCUUUGCUGGCCAGCCACGUUGCCUGGCUUUAGCCAGAGACACCGAGAGGCCUGGCUGUGCAGUGAUGCUCGCAGUAGUGUGGCUAGUAGGUUCAGAGGGCUGCUUGAUGAAGAGCAGGGUUUAUUCACCUCACACUCGUUCGGUGUGUUAAAAUAAUAUCACACAAAGCUACAUUUAAAAGGGCAGGCUGUGAAGCGGAAGCAGCCUGGGGGAACAGGGUCAGCUGAGUGGUUGCCAGGAAUGGUGGUACAGAAAACCCUGAGCAUUGUUGCUCUGUUGAACCCUCCACAAUCAAAGAGGAAACCAAGAAGAAGUGACAAGCAGAAAAAUGGAGGCAAAAAGACUGCUUGAACUGGUUUGUAGCUGGUCCUAGCUGGUUCUUCUCCAUUUAUCUCAGUGCUCGACCAUUUGAAUGUUUUUUUCCUCUGUGGCCCCCAACGUGCUUGCUAUUAAAGCCUCCAGUGCUGUUUAUGCUGAGGAGCAAAGGAGGUCAUUCAGCGGCAGCCAGAUAGGGGGGCUUUGGACGAUGGCAUCCAGGAGAUACUUGUCACAGGGGGCCUCUCUGGGCCUCACAAGCCAGCUGGUCGGCCAAUGCACUAUAACAGGACACCUAGGAAACACAGGCCUGACGCAAAGCCCAGUGUGUCACGGUUUGCAGAGAAAAGCUCUGUGUUCUAUGAGCACUGAGCUGUCAGCUGAUGUGUUCAUUAUUCAUGGAGUUUGCCAAAAAGCCACUACGUCUUAUAACAUUGUAGAAGUUGGCGUUUUGUUACAGCUGGAAAUGUUGGUCAAUCUUACAUUCAACUUGAGCUUUUGGGAUAUCCAGACUGAUUUACAGAGUUAACGUUUAAAAAAGAAGAGCAUCCUUUUUGUUUUUUGGAAACUCUGUUUAUUAGUUUUUCACAAUCAUAUUGUGCCCAUAAACACCAGGACAAAAGGUGUUACCACAAAAUACAACGGUACGUGUCUGUAUUUUAUUUAUCUAUUGUUAGUAGUAAUAUGUUUACAUUUUUUCUUGAUCUUGUUCAUUGGUAUGUUCCUUUAUGAUAACUACUUACGACUUUAUUUUUUAAUCUUAUUUCACAGUUUUUGAGCGUAAAGCUUUUUUUAAAUUGUUUUUAAAAAGUGCCAUAAAGAAUAUUAUCAUUAUGAAAUCAUAAAACAAAACCAUUGCCAUGACUAGAGAAACUGCAUUUUUUAUUUGUAAUGAAAAUCUACAUACAUACCUUACCCCUCCCACUUAUAUACUGAUCCUAUGAUGCCAUCAUCCAAACCCACAGAUUACAGUCAAAAGAAAUUGAAAUAUAUAUAUAAAAAUAUAUAUAUAUGAAUAUAAAAUGUUAUGUUUUGUAUUGACUUGAUUCCAGACCCAGAGUUUUAGAUCAUACAAGUCCCCCAGGAUUGUGGUCACAGGUGAUAAAAAUAUAUUAUGUAACAAUUCUGUUCCAGGAAUAUUCUCCAUCUCCCGCUACAACAAUCCAGUCGUGGGGCAAACCUUCACCAAAUGUAUAAGCUUACCAACCUCUAGUGAGUUUGUGAACCUUUAAUGCGGCUCAGUCUCUCUAGUGUAAUAUAUACUUGGAUAAUAUGUUUGUAUUUGCAUAGCCGAUACCUGUUUUUAAUACACACUCUUUGUGAUUGCUUGUCAGUCUGGCUCCAGUCCUCGUUCCCGCUCCCAUCUGUCUUUUAAAGUACUGUUGCAUUGACCUUAAAAUGUUUAUUUGUGAUAUACAUUUCCUUAAAUUGUCUUCAAACAAUAAAGACCCCAGCAGGGAGUACAUAGGCUUAUCCAGGAGUUACUCUGUUUGGGCAGUAUAAAGGGUCUUAUCUGUGUAAAUCAGUGGGAGUGUGAGGCUGGAGGAGCCAUCCUGCAAGUCCCGAAAUGACCUCUUUGUAUAUCCAUGGUAGCUGUCUUCUAUCCUUUUUUAUACUUUUCUGCACCCACAGCUUAAGUGUAAUUGGGGCUUUUGGGGAAAGGGUGAUUGGUUUUCUGAUAUAUUUUCGUAAGCACACAGUAAAUUUGAUCAGAAUCCUUAUUUUUUUGUUGGUUUUGUUGGAUAAAGUCUGAUUUCUAAUUCAAAUUUCUCCUAGUGCCAAUUAGGACAAGUGCAGUACAUGCAUUGUAAUCACUCAAUUUCUUCAACGGUUGUGCGGGGAAUUCAUGUUGGUGCUUCAUCUUGACAUUUCUCCUGUCAUUCUUUCUGUCAGAAAGAGUUUUGGGAAUCAAGUCACGUUCCUUUUGGACCUAGGAAGACGCAGACUCACUUGAGUGCCCUCAGGCUGGCCUCUUUUUUAUCUUCACACAUGUCUCCUACUGUUGGGAAUGUACCGCUUGUGCCAUGCUCUUGUCUGUCCAUCCAUUCUUGAUUCAGUUUGACUUUUUAGAAUAAUUAAAAAAGGCAAUUUAUUACACUAUUGUAUAUAUAUUGAAUUUAGAUAUUUCAGUGCUGAUGAUGAUAUAUAAACUUUUCAGCCAGCUUUAGUUUCUUCUGAUGAAUAUCUGUGUUUUAUAAAAACACACACACACACACGCAUGAGUCAUGAAAUAAGCUGUCCAAAACGACUCAGAGUUCAUAUUUUUCCUGCCCUGUACCUGGACUGACUUUCUUUUGAAAGAAGAGAACUUUUACUGCAUACUGUUUUUUAAUAGUUUAUUCUCAAUCUUUUUAUUUCCUAAUUGACUCUUUUCUUUUUUUUUCUCUUCAGAUUCCUGGACUGAAAUUAAAACUUCACUCUUAAAGAAUUGGCAUCACUGACACAGCUUCGACCAUUUACUCCUUGUAAGAGACUGAGUACAGCGCAUAAACCUAAAAAUUACAGCAGAUAUGAGUGAAGAUAAACCAGCAGAGACGGUGGAAGCUUCUCCUGCCGAGUCAAAUGCCAUUCCCAAUGGAAAAGGCCACGAGCCGGGGGAGGAGAUCAGCGCAUCGGCCAAAACGCCGCCUGCAGAGGAUGCAGAAAAGUGAGUAUAAUUGUACUAUACAUAGUAUGUGAUCAACUUGUUCAAUCAUCAACACUUCACAGAAACAGGAAAAAAAAAACCUCACUUGUUUUUGUAAUGAGACUGAAUUGUCAUUAACUCUCCAGGGCGUGCUGUUUUGUAGGAUCAUAGCCCUCAGUGUAUCCCACAUGACACAUGAACUUCUGCAGUAUUUCUUUUGACAGAUCUCUCUGCAAGCCUCAGGUCUCAACCCCCCCUGAAUUAGUAGAAAUGUUGUGGAUGGCAACAAGGUCACAAGGGAAAAUUUAAUGAUAUUUUCCUGUGAAAUGCUUGUAAUGACCUUUUUCAUAGUUUACAAUCAGACAAAUUAAUGAGAGAGUUUUUCAGUUUCAGAAUCUCCCUAGUUUGAAAAUCCUGUACUCUACUGCAAGCUUGCUGACUCUGUCUAAGCAAGGUGACAUGAUUCAUAGGGUGUUUAUGCUUGUCAGCUCGACGUGUCACUUACAGAAGCAGCAAAAUACAUUACACGCAAUGUGUUAACAUCAGGGGAUGUAAGUGUCAAGUGUGUCUUGCAUGUGCCUGUUUGUACCGAUCACAAGAAAAGCCCCGUCAGAAAAGUAUGUUGUUAACGAAGCCAGAAAUAAUAAUGUAUAUGCUGUAUAUUACCAGAUGUAAUAUUACCAUGUUGCCCGUGUGUAAGGCUUUAAUACACCCCAUGCUUUGAUUCUCAGAUUGGGAAGCUCAAAUAUGUUUAUAAUGUGAUGUUGCUGAUCAGUUGAGUGUCCCAAACAAGUACAGCAAUGCUUUUUCUUAUGAUUUAAAUAUAUACAGAAAUCCAACACCACAACAGCAUUUUAGCUUCCCUUUAUGAGCAUGACGUCUUCAGAUAAUGACUGCUUGACUGAUAUGGUCAAUGUCAACAAUAGUAGACUUUAUAAAAAGAUGGACGGUGUGACAGCUGCUCAAAAGUGAAGGCUGAAGAUUUUGGAGCUACUCCGACCAACUGACUGCAGUUACACUGUUUCUUUUAUGUUGACAGAUUGGAGAUGGGUCAAACCAUCACAUCAAAAUACACACCAAUGAUCUGUCACUGCUGGCGUCAAGGAACAAUCAAAGAACUGCAGUUUUUAUGGCACACAAAAAGUUCUCUGCUGUAAACUGAGCAGAUCUGAGUGAUCAUGGCUUUGGUAUUUAGAAAUUAGAGGUGUCUUUUGCUUGGAGAAAGGGGUGUGGUAUCAAUAUUACGGCUCCAAGAGCUGAUCCCUGCUUCACCCAGACUCUUGUUUCAAGAUGCCAGGUCUUACUAUUGGGAUAUUUUGGCAUCAUUUUUAUUCAGUGCAAUGAGGUUGUGACACACCGUCCAUCUUUACAUACAGUCAACAGGUAAGACUGAUUAUGUCACUGUCUUGUUGUCUUGGCUGGCGGUUUACUUCUUGUUGGCUCCAUUACUUUAACUAAAAUUAUUGCCUGGUGAUAUUUGCCUCCUACAUGCUCACUGAUUGUGCCAUCAUUUGUGAGCGUAAAUGCCUAAUUAUCGCGUCACUGGUUUUCGGGUGAAAUAUUUCUGUCCUCUUUUCAUGUGAUGGAUAGUUUAAUUAAUGUGUCUCUCUAGGGAUUAGAUAAUAAUUUAUAGACGGCCCCUUUAAUGUAUUUUUGCUCUAUUAUAUUAUGACUGAGGGUGUUGUUUUUCCACUUUCUGCUCUCGUUGGGUGAUGGAUGGCAUCUCUCUUCACUGCUUGUAGGGAAACUGUACCAAAUAGUGCCCAGAAUGCUAGGUAUGUAUCAAAUAAUGAACAGUUUUAUGAUUCAGAGUUGUGUCUCCUUGUAGUAUUAAGGCAAAUUAAAGAGAGAGCCUGUUCUCUUGAAAAAUAAAAUGACAUUGUUUGUACUUACUGUGGUUUCCCCUCCAGCUCUUACAAAGUAUUUCUCUCCUUUAGUCCACACAGAACUGAGAAUACAGAGGCUAACCUCCCAGAGAGCCAGGAGUUCCUAUCAGACGUGGAGGACAAGAAGACCACACGCUUUACGGAUGUACGUUUGAGCACAAUCAUUGUAUAUGAAAUAUGAUCAUACCACAGUGUGUAUAUGUGUAUAUGUGCAUAUGCAGUGCUGUCAGAAGAAGUAAGGAUGUGUAUUUGUUCUCUCUGUUUUGCAUAAACUAGUUUGAAGGGAAAACCUCAUUUGGGAUGUCCGUCUUUAACCUGGGCAAUGCAAUCAUGGGGAGUGGGAUCUUGGGAUUGGCCUAUGCCAUGGCCAACACCGGGGUCAUCCUGUUUCUGUAAGUUAUUCAUCUGAUUCUGUCGCUCCAUGGUGUUUAUUGGUGGUGGGAUAUUGUCAGUGCAUUCAGGGUGUUAGGACUACAUCCACAGAGGCCAGACAUUGAAACCUCUGCUUCAGGAUAGUCCUUCUGUAUGACAUUGUAACAUUUCACUGCAGCUUCCAUCUUCAUCACAUAUAUUUCAAUGAAGAUGUUUAUCUGCCUGAGUUGUGCAGGUUGCCAUAUUGAUUAUAAGUUGAUUGAAAUAACCAUGCAGAGGAUUAGCAGAUGAGCCAAGCAAAUUCUCUAAGUAGACCUUUAGACACAGAAAGUUGAAAGCAGAUAUUCUCAGGGAAGGAAGAAUAUCUCCGUCCCACCCUGUUUGAAAGCAAUCUUUUCACAUCUUUGAAGUUCAUUUGAUCUCUUUUAGCUGCAAACAAAUCAAAGCUUCAGUGAUUAGAGUUUGCUGUAGAUCAAAAGAUACUCAUAAGCACAGAUACAUGGGUUCAUUUUCAAAUCAGCUAUUUUUCACUAUUUGAAGAAAUGUUUUAUUAAAUGGCUGAAGUAGUGCAUUUGUUUGGGACUGUUUUCUGCGCCGGAUUAACACAGAUUUGUCUGUCUUGUAAGUUUUAAUGGUUUAAGGAGGCUGUGUGCAGAAAGACCUCAGCUGUUAGUCUUUUUUUCAAGAUGUUUAAUGACGAUUAGAAGAAUACCAGAUAUAUUGGUAAUAUUUGACAGCCGAUUAAUUAACGUUAGUCUUAAAUGUGUGUUAUUUUUGUCUUUUUGUCAUGAGCUUUUUCUGCUGUAAGACUGUUAGCCUGUUUCACUGCAUGUUUCUCAAAAAUAAUCAGGAUGUUUGCAAGGUGUAAUCUCACCCUCUUGCACUGGAACAUCAUCACUUUCACCUCCCUGUCUUUCUCAGGCUGCUUUGACACCUCUUCCUUGUGGUGCUAGAUUACAGAAUGGCUGGUUUUCUGUAAAAGAUGAUAAGACACUGCUGCAACUAGGGCUGGGCGAUGAACCGAAAAUUUACAGAUACCAAAAUUUACGCCAAUAACCGUCGUCAUUUUGCCAAUGUCAAUAUAUUCAGUGCCAAAAAAAAUAAAUGAAUAAAAGUUGGUUUUGGAUGAGAUAGGCUAUGGUCUCAUGUUCCUUUAAGACGCUGUCCUAUAUUGGAGACGUGACUCCAGCCCAUCCAGUAUGUAACAAAGACACAAAGACAGGUGAGGAGAUGGAGGACAGUUCAAAAGUUGUAGCGGCUGGAGAAGCGGCUGAAAUAGAUGAAGUUAAUGUGAGAGGGAGUGAGCAGCAUGUGGAGUAGUUAUCGUCCAUUUAUCGAGGUGAACUGUUCAACAUAUCUGAUAUUGAUUUGAGGCCAUAUCACCCAGCCCUAGCUGCAACCUUUGUUUGAUUUUAAGAUAGCCUUUUUUUCUCCACAACAAUAUAUGGCUCCAGUGAGAGAUUCAGCAUAGUUUUUUGGAUGUUUGUAAGUCAAUGGUUUGUAAGUUUUAAGGUUUUGUUUUGUAAGUUUUGUCGGGAAAACAAGAUAUUUUUCUCCAAACUCCAGAACAGAGGUUUGAUCGCGUAAUAGAAUUAGCUUUCAAGAUUUAAAUCACUAUGAAAGAGGCAUUAAGCUAGUUAUGAUGCUUCCAUCAGCGUGAAUUAUAAUUGGAGAAUGUUGUGCUCGUAUGCUGUCAGGUCUUGUCCCUGUGUUAAAGAAAGCCUCUUAAUCUGAUCUGAGUUGUGUGACUGUGAUUUUCAAACUGUCUGCUGUCUGGACUGGUUGAACCUGGUGUCACCCAACACCAAGGCCUUUGUCACUCAGCUAGAUAGGAGCCCAAAUGAGCCUGAGCUGAUUAGUCGGCAUUUUCUCAAUUUGCACGCAACCAAGUGCAAAUUAAUGUUACAUGAUUAACCACAACAGAGAGCGUGUAUGAAGAUGAAUGGCUUUGCCAUUGUGAGAAUUUCUGCAGCAUCUUGUUUCAAACAAAAGAGUUGGAACUAGAAAAUUACAGCAGGGUCAGUGAGACAUAUUUGUUAAGGAUAACUGAAUAUAUUUUUCUGGGUUUCAUCGUGUUGGACUCCUGAAUGGUGUCUCCUCAAAAAUUACAUCUAAUCUUAUUUCCUGGAAACGUGUUCACUCAUUAUAAACCCAAGGUCUUGCUCCUAAAGAGGGGAAAAACCCUUGAACUGCAGCAGCUUAUUUGCGUAAUUUAAUCACAGUCUGACUGCUUCAUAAGCUCUAAUUUCUGAAAUCAGAUGUUAAUAAAGAAUUCCUUUGGAGAAAUAAUUAAAAUUUUACUAAUCAUUUCUCUCCACGUAAUAAAAUGUUAAAAUCAAGUUUGCAGGCGAUAAAGCUACAGCCACACCGCAGUGUGGAAUUAUAUUUAAGUAACAAAUGACCUCCCCUACUUUCCCACACCUACUAUUUUAGGUAGUCCUUUGAGACUGUCUCUCGUGUCUAUUUCUCCCUCAGCCCCAUGACUCAUAUCACACAGAUUUUGUUGGCGGAUGCAGAGGCUUCAGCAGGUCAGUGGCCCAGGCGCGGGUAGGAAUGCAGCGGGGUGGAAAGCUGUGAGCUACAGUGACCCAAGUGUGUCAGUCUGUCUGACUGUCAGCAGAUCUGUCCUCCCACUGCCACUUGACUGGCUAAAUCCCCCACAAGUCAGCCCAGCAUUCCUCCACAUGGUCUGAAAAAAGCCAAAUGAAGAGGAAAAAAACUGCUGGUUUGCCAACAGUUGAAGUCAGGAUGAAAGACAUGCUGUUUGGCUUUUCCUAAAAGCAAAGGGAAUGGAGAGAGUGUGUAGAGAGAAAGUUAGUGUCGCCAGCAGUGACAACAAAAGAGAAGGAAAAUGGAAAACAGUUGGAAUGUGGUGGACUGGGUCAGGGAAAGUACAUCAGGGAUUCAUUCACAAAACCUCCUGAGACUGAGGAUACUCAAAGUCUUCUAAUGUUUUUCCACCAUCUCUCCGAUAAGUCAGUCAUCUCCAUCAUAUCAAAGCUUUAAAACAGCAGCAGAAAAUUGUGUUUGGGUUUGAGGCUUCAAACCUCAUCACUCCUGAAUAACUUUGCAUGCAGACAUGAAGAAGUGAGGAAAUGUUAAACCCCCUAGCAGGUAGAUGAUGAGGUGGUGGUGGUGCUUGAGUGCAGCACUGGUGCAGGGCAGCAGUACUGUUGAACAAACGGCUAAAUGGGAAGGAUGCUCUGUAAGGAGGUUGUCAGAGUGAUGCAUGGCAAAUGUGAAAUUAGUGCAGCUUUAAUUGUCUGCAGACUGAGUUGCAGACGUUGCUCAAAUUGAGUCAAAGUAAAGGCUCAUUUAUGCUCACAAUACUAUGUAUGAAAAUAUACACGUGCAUUUCAAACGAUGUUUCCAUCACUGCCCACAUACUUCCAUGCGUCCUUUAUGUUGGCAUGGAUGUUAACCAUUAUAUCCACUAGGGGGCAGGCUGGAGCCAAAAGUUUUUGACAACAACAAACAAAAAGUAACAUGGCAGCGUUGGAGGAGGCGGUGGUUGGUCAGGCCAUUAAAUGUCUCGCGGUGGGGGGACGGAGAAUUCUUUUCUCUAGUAGUAGAGAGAAAUUGCUGACGAUCUUCAAAAAGCCCCGCUAUUGUCUUCCUCGUUUCUCUCUAGAGAUGCGAAUCGGGUAGCGAUAGCAGCAACACUGCCUCCAUGGUUUCCGGUGGUACUGCUCCUUCUGGCCCGUAUCCGUAAACUUCAAGGAUAGGUGCAGAAAUACGGACAAAAAGAAUGCAAAGCAUGGACCUGUUGAGCAUGUUAUGUUGAGCAUAAAUGAGCUUUAAGAAGGGCAACAUGCAACUUGAAACUCCUGGUUCCUCAUUUCAGAGAGAGAUCUUGUUGUGAAAGAUCCCUGCAUAAGGCUGAACAUCUGAAUUAGCCUGUAAAUGUAUUGGCAUCAGGGGGUACCAUUUUUACUGUUGAGAGUAUUCUGCUUCUACUAGUUAGUGUAGUUUAGGUUUUGAGCCACUUUGCCUGGUUGCAUAUAAAAAAGCUGAAGGGGGACAGGAAAUUUGUGAAGUAGAGAGUAUGAGUAUUAAGUAUUAACUCUCACACAGGGAAAGACAUCAAACCAGCAGCCGCUGUAAUGAGCACUGUAGCCAUGGGAGUGUCGUGUACUUGAACCAUUAAGCUGGAACAGCAGGCUAAAUUUUUUCUAUCAAUCAAUUUUGAAUUUUUGAAGAUCUAACCAGGAUCAACUCCCUGAUCAGUUGGCCUCUUACAGACUCAGCUUGGUACCUAGACUCAGUUUAGUACCCAGCCCUAGUCUUAUAGAUAGAUAGGCUGGGGGUUUGAAAGGUCAGAUCAGGAAAACAGAAUUAAGAUGAAGUGAUGAGUUUGUCACUGUAGCCCCUGGUUGUAGACCUCCAUGAUCAGUUGGAUUCAUUUUGAAAAUAAGGCCUUGUUUUUUUAUCUUGAGUGAUUUUAAUGAGAGACACAGAAGAAUUUUAGAACAGAUGGAUAAUCAUUUUUUAGGGAGCUGAAUAAAGAAAUCCAAAGAUAAGACAGAAAAGAUAGAAGCUUAUUAGAAUUGUGGACAUGAUUCAGCAGAUAGAGAAAAAAAUCAAGUCCCCCCGGUUUGAUGGGACAUUUUUACAUAAGAUGUUGCUGUGACUGAAGAUGGUUAUUCCAGCACUGAGAAACAAAGUAGAGGAGAUUAAUGUUUGCAAAGGAUUUUCCUCAUUCUGUCACUCUCAGCACUACAUUGGAAAUGUUUCUUUUGAGAGUGUCCAUCUGGUGUGGUGAUUACUUAGUGUGGCAGAGGGCAGGGGCGCUGACAGGGCAGCCUCCUUCGCUCCGUUUAAAUGAAAACUGAGGGUGAAAUGGGCCUCAGGGUGUCUGCUCUUCCAUCCCUAUCUAUGUACUGGCAUGCAGAAAGCGUGUGUGCCUGUGUUACAGCUGAAUAAACAGCUCACAGAUUAUUGUUCAGUGUAAAAGUGUAAAGUAUAAAACUAAAAACUGGGGGAAGUGUAAGCAAUGACAAUGUCUGUGUUUGUCUGUUUCAGGACACUUCUUACAGUGGUGGCAGUCCUCUCCUCAUAUUCCAUCCACUUACUGUUAAAAUCAUCGGGUAUUGUAGGUAGGUAUAUGACUGCCAGUGGUUGAAUGAAAGCUAAUUAAUCUAUUUUUACAUGACUUAAAAAAUAAAGAUCAGGUGAUAUUAAAUAAAAAAUUAUACUUGACAACAUCUGGUGUCAGUGUCUAUUCUGGUUUUGGUGUAGGUAUCAAUCAGCCAUCAUUACUGCCUAAAAUAGAAUUGUGUUUUAAUAAAUUAACCAGGAAACUCAUUGAUCUGAUACAUUAUCCAGUUAGCCAACAACAUCAUCUGUUUUCAGGUUAAUUCUAGUGUGAAAAUUAGAAACAACAACAGUCUGAUGCUGCUAGCAGAGGUUGUAAUGUCUGUAAAAAAUGUUUGGUCAAUUUCCACCAACAAUCAAAGCACUGUGAGUCUUAUACUGAUACCAUCUAAUGACCUGCGUGGUGAAACGAGAUAAUGAGUGAAAGACUGGUUAUUAAAUUCUAGUGCCUGUCAGAUUUUUUGUGUAAAAGCCCAUCUGACAAUCUGCACUCACAUAGAUGUACAUGUUUAAACACUAGUCAACAGGCUGUAAGAAUCUUACUUUCUUUAGAUACUUCACUUGUGUGUUUUUUGUGUCUGCUAAUCAAUACAUCUUUGGACGACAAGGGUACAGUGUGUCAAUCCUCUAAUAGUCCAUGAGCUGUAAAAAAAACAGCCUUCAGUUGCUGUACAGCCUUUUUAGAUUCCUGUUCUGCCUUAAAAUAUUUCCUCCUGGUAUCUUUGUCUCAGGUAUCCGUGCAUAUGAGCAGCUUGGCUUCAGAGCCUUUGGGACCCCCGGUAAGAUGGCGGCAGGUAUUGCCAUCACUCUGCAGAACAUUGGAGGUGAGUCCUCUGACUUCUGGUUGAAACUAUUUCUCUAGAUUUGCUCCUUUGGAUUAACGUGUGCGAGCGUAUGUGUGAGGGGGCUUUCAUCAUUGAACUGGAUGUAAGCCGCUUUGUAGUUUAACUGAUAGCAAUAUCCUACUUGAAAUAAAUGAAGGCAGCUGCUAUAACAUUUGCUUAUUGAGUUGAUCAAGCAAGACCAGAGUAUUUGUGACUGCAAAUAAAGUCAACACAGGCAAGAAGCACUGCUUAAGUAUUUCCCAGGGUCUGAUCGAUGUCAGUAUCAGAGCUCUAAAUACCUUUAUUUUAUCUAAACCCAUUUUCUUUGUUAUCAAUUCUUUUUUAAAUUGCAGUGAUUUGUAUUAUAUUAACUUAUAUUCACAAAUUUUUACCUAUCAACGGAACAUUAUAUUGUUAUAAGUACAAUUUAUUUUGAUUUUGAACUGAUUUGAAUGGGCUUUUUUUGCUCCAGCUGUCAUUUUUUGCCAAAGUAGGCCAGUACAGUAGGAAGGCUCAUAGAUAUUAUAGUUUUAAGUGGUGUUACACACCUACGAGAGAGAAUAAUGUUAUACCUCAAAAUCAAAAGAGAACCAGCAGCAAAGACUAGCAUUGAAAAAUAAACAAAACACACAUACAAUAGCUUGUACUGAAGUCAGAUUUCGUUGCUGAAAUCACUGAAUAUAAUAUGUUAAUAAUGUCAGUAAAGAGGAAUUAUUUGUUUUGCCACUGCACUAACUAAGUGUUGUUUUUAUGUCUUUUCAAUAGCCAUGUCAAGCUACCUGUACAUAGUCAAGUAUGAGUUUCCUUUGGUCAUCCAGGCUUUUCUCAGGGUGGAUAAACCUGCAGGGUGAGUGUUGUUAUUGAACUUCGCUUCGGGAUCCAUUAAGUUCUUCUUCUUCUUUAAUACAAGACAUGUCAGUUUUCAUUUACAGUAUGAAUUAACUCUAGAGUGGCUUUGAUCAUGUCCUCAAAUAUACCAGAGGGACGACAGUACCAGCCUGAUUUGUAAUUUCAUGUUACAUUUAUUUGGUUUAAUAUAAAAACACUAUAAGUUUGAAUAACCAAAUGCCAAAUGUGAUUACUAUUGGUUUUAUCUGAUUAAUAUACUCAAUUUAAGUGUUGGUACUUGAAAUUAGUAAAAUUACUAAAAUCUACAAUAUAUUUUCUGAGGCCAAAACAAACCUAAAACUGACUUCAUUCUGCACAAGAAAUAAAAGUAGUAAAGAAGUUGCAAAGUUUUAAAGGCCGGUUACUUUUUAUGGCCGAAAUGAUAAACUCGGCAAUUAACAACUCUCUUGGCUUAAAAAACAAAAAUUUUAAACAAUAUUUUGAAUACUGUAAAUGUUGCUUAAAAACUGAACCAUCAAAGGUAAAAUAAGAAGUUUGAGAUGUAAUAGGAGGAAUCUUUAAAUUUCCUUGCAUGGGGUCUAAAUUGUUUGAACAUAAUUCUCAGAACACCCAGGCUGCUUGCGUGUUUUCUAAAAGGUCCCAUGACUUCAUGUACAAAAGCACAGAUUUUUACUGUUUUUCAAUAGGAAGUCUUUUUUAGUGUCCACUAUUAAGUAGUAUGUAGCGCUGCCAGUUGGCAGGCCUGCUGCUGCUCUGGAUAUACGGAGCAGCUGUCUUGAGAACAGCUGUGAUAGUGACCCUGGAGGAGGAGAGCAGCACGGCUGCAGAGAAACGCACACAUCAAAACACAGCAAGACUCCACGGCUCAAAACGUAAACCAUGGGAUAUCCAUGGCCAGUGCAGGUGGCCUCUGAGAUAAACAACACUCACUUCCUUGGGUGGGAUUUGUAGUGUGUUGUUACCCUUUUACACCCUAACCUUUGACCCAGUUGUGGGCUCUCCUAAGCUCCUAAUUUGGUUAAUUUCGUGCGCAUUCUAAAAACACGUGUUUAUGGUUUCACAGCUCUGUAAAUUGGGCUACAAUCUACUGCUGGAAAUUUUUCUUGAAUUGUUCAGAUUGAUUUGUUGAAAUAAAGUCUAUAUGGAGUUGAUAUACUGCCACAGUAUGUCCACUUUGAUUUGUGGUUUCAGCUCUUUUUCCCACUGUGGCAGUGCUUGGUAAACAAUCACUCUUGGCUGGACGUGACAGACUAGGGGCCUAUUCUAUGAAGCAAGUUCGACCUAGCGAGGUAGCCUUGGAGCUACCUCGCUCAACUUAGCACGGUAGCCAGCGGUCUCGCUGAACGGUCUUAUGACGCUGGUAAUCAACCUCGUAAGUGGAUCCAGCUUUGUCAUGAGCGUGUGCAUGCAUGUAAGGCGGAGCCCGCUGCAACUGACCAAUCGCGAACAUGGACCAGCCUGGUCCGUCAGAGCAGGCCGGAGAGCGAAGGACCAGGUACUCAACAAACGAGGAGCAGGAGACGAUCAUGAGAAAGUAUGAAGAAUUCAAAUCUAUCAUAAACCUCAAAAGCAACACCGUCGCCGCUGCAAAAGCACAGAAGGAAUGCUGGCAGAAAAUUGCCGACAGUCUCAAUGCGUAAAUAUAAUGUGCAAAAAAUCUUUGAUGCCAUUAUCACCCUGAAAUAGCACUGUUCAACAUGUGCUUUUAACAGGCACCAGAUAUGUCUAAUUUAUUUCCAAGAUGAAUUCAUUCAUUUGUUCAUUCCUAUCGUGUUUACAUUUUUUGUGUGAUAUGUAGCCCAUAUGAGCCUUUCACAAAGGUGGUCAUUCGGAAAAGUAAGUGGGUCCGUGCGGUCCCCGAAAUCUCGCGCGUGCCGGAGUGCUCCUCGGACAAUGUGAGCACCGAGGUCUAUAGGAUCCUCCAAGAACGGACAAGCCAAUUUUCGAGAGAGCUCAUUGGUCAGUGGGCGGGGUUUUUAUACUCCAGUUCAAUCUGGAACCUAACCUGCCCCGGAGCAGGUUAGCCGUUCAGUGUACGUUGCCAUGGAGACACGCCUUGCUAAGAAGUGAACCCCUGACGUAGAACAGGAAACCUCGAACUUACCCUAGAAGUUACCUCACUAAGCAGUAAUCCUGCUUCGUAGAACAGGCCCUAGAUACCUGGUAACACUUCAUCGAGUCAAUGUGUGUUUUUAUUUUGACAUACUGUAUGUUGGCUGGCUAUAUAAUAUAAUAUAAUAUAAUAUAAUCUACCAUCAUGAAAGACCUUGUAAUUACAUGAGUUUAAAUUUAAGGAAUGGGAGGUUAUCUACAGGUCAGUUCAUCACAGGUUCUUUGCUAGAUAAAGAAAAAUGUGUUUGUUUAUGUUUGUUUAUUUUAAAAAAGUAAUUCAAAAUCGGAUAAGGAAGAAUCGAUAAGAAUUAAAGGAGGAAAAUCAUUCAAGUACAGAAUUGCAGAGUUAACAAUGCAACUGUUAAAUUAAAUGCAAGUUGCGACAGUGGGAUUAAAGGUCAAUGGCACAAACAUUCAAGAUUGCAAAAAACAUCAAACAAAAAUCAAAAUGAAAAAAAAAACAAAACAAAAAUAUUUUCAGAAUAUAUAUAUUUAUAAUCAUAUGAAAAUAAUUUUAAAAUAUUUUUUUUUAAACAAAGCAGAAAAAAUAAGAUUUCACAAGAAAAAAAAAAUGUUUUCAAAGACAAAAUAAGUUUUUGAAAACAUGACACAUUCAAGAAACUGCAAAAAUAUAGCUUUUUGAAGAUGUGACAUGUUUGGUAUUUCCCCAAAAGAUUUUGGGAAUUCAGAAAUGUGUCUCUGACUGAAAAAUGUUUCUCUCUUUGACAAAUAUUUUGUUCUCUGCAGAAGAUAUAUCAGAAGGUGGAAAAAAAGAACUACAGUUCUAGCUUUGGACCUUUAGGGCAACCAUAGAUUUCUCUAAAACUAAUUUGAGUUUCUUCCCUGUUUCUUUCCUUCGCUGUUUUUCUGUGACCAGUGUAGUGCUCUUUACUGCUGAAAACUGUGUGUAACUGUGUGUUGUUGAUUGCAAACGUGACCCUGAUGAACUCAUCUGACCGGUCAAUGAACACCUGCAGCUGUGUUUUCUAGUUAAGGCAGUCAACUAACUUGCUGUUAAUAUACUCAAUAUAUCAAGCUUGUCCCACUUUGUGUGAUUGUAGUUGAUUUAGAAUUAGUGUGUACUUUGUGUGUACUUUGUGUUUGUGUGUGUGUACUUUGUGUGUGUGUGUGUGUGUGUGUGUGUGCGUGUAUUUUGUGUGUGUGUGUGUGUACUGUGUGUGUGUGUGUGUGUUCAUUAAGGACGGUGAGAUAUUGUAUCCAUGGUCCAGAUGGCUGGAGGGCAGGAUGACAACGGGAUAGAUGAGUCCUUUCGAGAUGUGUGUGUGGGGGUGUGUGUGGCCAACAGAUGUUGUAUCUCUGCAGUGUCUCCCACCUGACAGAGGGCAAGAAUUUAAUCACCCCUCUUGUGUUGAUCUAAAAAUAGCCCAGUGAGGUCCUAUUAGUAUUCAUGACUGUGCAUUAGACUGUGACGUGUUAUAUUGUGUCCGCUGCAUCUGUUUGCCAUACGGUUUCCAAACCCUUCAUAAUUCUGUCUUUUUUAGUUUGCAGUUAGAUUUACUACCUAGCAUUUCCACCGUGUCUAAUUUGUGUGGCCUGUCUGUGUCUACACUGGUUGUUUUUGGGUGUUCUGGUUUAGUCCAGCAGUCUAAACACAUUAGGCUGAUUGGUAACUCUAUAAUACCUGUAGGUGUGAAUGUGAAAGUGUUCUGUGAUUGGCUGAUGUUCUGCCCAGCGUGUACUCUUUCUCAUGCUGGCACCAGCACCUUCCUCUCCUAGAGCAUUAAGAAUAACCAGCACAAAUAAUAAUGGACAGCUGUUUCAGACGAAUUUAUAUCGCUAAAAAGAGGGCCUGUUUCAAAAUGGUUUUGGAUUUUCAUUCAUACUUUUUUGACUGUUUUAGUGUGAUUAGGUUACCUCAACUUACUUGUUUAUGUUCAGAAAAAUAACAUACCAACAUGUGUUGGUUUCCAGUUAAAGGACUAAAUCACAGUCAAAUGAUACUACAUGCAUGCAUAUUAUUAGGUCAGUCUGUUGUUUCCUGCAGAUUUCUUGUGAUGUUGGAUGUAAACCUACUACAUCGACACUAAAUGCAACUACAGUGAUUGGUAAAAAUAGCUCUCAUUCAGUCCUUUUUUUCACUGUCCAAGCCUUAUUAUCCGUGAACUUUAUCUUUUAGCUAUUCACGCACUUUCCUCUUGUUUCUACUCGAUCGAUAUCUGACACAGUGCAAAUGCUGAGCAGAACUGAGAUUGAGUGGAGUGUUUGAGCAGAGUGUUUUCCAGUCAAUACAUUUAAUUAUCUGUCUUUCUGCCUCUCCACAGUGAAUGGUACCUGAAUGGGAACUAUCUUGUGAUCAUAGUAUCCAUUGCAGUAAUCUUACCACUGGCUCUUAUGAAACAACUGGGUAAGUACAUGAUAUCCUAUCAUUCUUACAAAGGGUUCAUGAUGUCUGAAGUGUUUCAGUCGGGGUUUCCUUUAUAACCCUUUUUACUGGUGCCUCUAACUUGGUUCAGUUACAGCAAGACAGAGUCACUUUUGCCAUGGCUUCAAGUAGGGAUGGGCGAUAUAAGCUAAAAAAUUUCUAAUAAGUUUUGCCAUUCUGACAAUAAUGAUAAAAGUCCUGAUCAAAAAAUAUUAUAAUUUUUUACCCAUUAUGUCUUGAGGACACCAGUUGGAAUAUUCAAAUAAGUUACUUAACCACAAGUUUAAGUGGUAGGUUAUAAAGAAAACUUGUGAAAUGUGAAAGCACUUUCAACAUUUAUUAAAAACUCUUAUUGCAGUGAACAGCAGCAGAUCCUCUGUCAGAUGUCAGGCAUACCUGAUUGCACUCGUCUAAACCCCCAUCUUGAAGGAAAAACCCCACGUGAAGCCUUGUUUAGCAACAAGCUGCUCAGAGACGUUUUCUUCACCACCUUCGGCCAUGUUUGUUUGUUAUUCGCACAAGUCCGUCACUCGCGCUUACGCCACCAACUUGCAUUUAUCGCGAAAUUGCAAAUAUUUACCAUAUUUUUCGCACUAUAAGGCGCAACUGAUUAUAAGGCGCACCAUCAAUGAACGCGUCUAUUCGCGUCUAUUUUCAUACAUAAGGCGCACCGAAUUAUAAGGCGCACCGGAUUAUAAAGCGCAUUAAACCAAACAAAACAGUCAGAUAAGUAAACUUUAUUUAACUCAUUCAAUAACUCAGCGGGGCUACAGUAGCUGCAGUGCUCCGACAAGCCAUAAGGAUUUUAAGUGCACCUUAUAGUGUGAAAAAUACGGUAUUGUGGAGGAAUUUUCUGAUAACAAAUUGUGAACAAUAAUUUAUCGCCCAUCCCUAGCUUCAAGUAUGAAAUAGGAAAAGAGUUUAUUUCAGCUAGCACCUCUUUCAGUCAUAAAAUAACACUGGCCUACUCUGUCUCCUCUCCUUCCAACUUUGACCUCCUGAGAUAUCCUUUAACACUUGGUCUGUGUCUCUGGAUUCGUUAUUCUAGCAAUGUCUGUAAAAAUGUUUGGCCUUCUGCUUUAUUUAUAAGAUGCCCCUAAUUUAAAAUACCCAAGUGUCCGUAGCUCCUAUGACACUCCAAAAAUUCUCACAAGUUCUCUCAAACAUCUCCCUGCAGCCCUUCAGACAAGAAUGUAUGUGAAAUAAGACAGAUGGUGAGAAGAAAAAGGCAGGGAAAGCAAGUUUGUAAGUGAGAAAAAGAGGCGUACUGGCUGACCUUUUGGAGGAGUUCAUCCUCCUGCCGAGACAUCAAAGACACGUCCAUGAAAGACCAUACAGCAGAAGAAAAUGCUGCUCUCUCUCACGAGGGAUUAGUCAUUAGAGUUGAGAUAGAUAGAUAGAUAGAUAGAUAGAUGACUUAAAAAAAAGAAUAAAUUACAUGAAUAAAUUGCAUAAAUUAAAUAAUAAAUGACACAAAAAUUAUAUUAGCAUUUCCUUCAUGUUAGCUCUAGAGUAAUACAGUGUAAUAAUGAGAAACGCUAACACAAUGUUUGUAUUUCAGGUUACCUGGGGUACACCAGUGGCUUCUCCCUGAGCUGCAUGGUUUUCUUCCUCAUUUCAGUAAGUGCUCUUUUUGAUGUAAACAUGUUUAUUUUAGAUUGUUGUUUUUCUCCCUGUUGGCAAUAUCAUGAAGCAGAAUAUUAACAUGCACUGGGAUAAUUCUGGACCAGGAUUCUUUUUUUCCACCUUCCCACUGCCUCUUUAGUAUUCCCUGCUCUCUCUACUCAAUGCCACGGACUAAUGUUUGCACGUUGUGGUUCCAGGCUGUGCUGGUUCUCUGUCUUUCUCUGACCUAGUUUUGGCUGUGCAAGCUGUAAUCCACACACUGCUCUCCCUCCCUUCAGCUCUCUCUCUCUCUCUUUCUCUUACUCUGACCUCACAGUGCCAUACUCUCUGCAUGUCUAUAUACAGUACUUUGUGUUUCCUACUGCCUUUGUUUUCAUUAAUGCUUCUCUCCUGCACUGUACAGGUCAUCUAUAAGAAGUUUAACGUCCCUUGCCCGUUUGUGGACUUUGCCUUUAAUGCCACUAGCAGCGGGCUGAGUGUCAAUGCUACAGAUCCUGGAGGGGAGAUUGAUCCUGCCUGUAUUCCCAAAAUGGCCAAUCUUAACUCACAAGUAGGUUUAUGUAUGUCACUCAGUCUGAUGAUCCACCACCACUGCAAUGAGCACUGACAGUCACCCACUUGUGUCAGAGUCAUCCUCAGCAUGUUGCCAGAGACAGUUCACAAUCCAAGCAUGGAGUCACACUUGGUUUUGGAGCACUUAGUGCCACUCAAAGGGAGAUCAUGCUGUUAACAAGAGAGAAAGUCCUCAGUUUAUGCAAGACUCAGCGAUGGAUAGUGACCCCUUAACUGUGUGCUCCUGUUUAAAAUACAAACCUGUUGCUUACUGUGGGAACAUGAAGUUUGCUCUUUGCCAUCCAAAGCAAAGAUUGAAAUGGGAAAGACCUGACAUUUCCUUAAGUACCCUUAAUUUUUUACACACAGUACAAAUUCUCACAACAGGAGAGGACUCCAGAAAGACUCUUAAUCUAGGCUCGCAGCUUGCUGCUUUGAUGUGAUUGGUUGUUCUCAUAUAUCAUGUUAUGUAAUGUCAGUUUUCUCCGGAGCAUUAGCAAGUACUGAGCUCCUGAUAAAAUCCUUUUAGAUCUUUCCAGGCAUCCCUCAAAGGUGUUUGAGACUUUUUUAUGUUUUAUACUCUGAGUAGUAGGACCAACUCCUGCUGCUUAGCAGCUUAUAAGUGAGGCAUUCUUAAACAGGCUCAAGCCGCACUACAGCUAGGCCAAGUUAAUCACAGGGAAACAAUUAGCUCUCUGUAAUGUGUCAGAGGGAGUAAUGGGCGGUAAAGUGCGCGGUUGGUGGUUGAAAUGUCUGGGAUGGUGCUGCUGUAUCUAUGGUGACCUGUUGGGGUUCAUUUUCAGACGGCCUACACUAUCCCCAUCCUGGCGUUUGCCUUUGUGUGCCACCCCGAGGUCCUGCCCAUCUACACAGAGCUACGCAAGUAUGUUCUCAUGAUGGAGAGCUCCUGCUAACUUUUGGACAAGAAAAAAACGUUACAUAACAAAGAGGACAGCUACUAUGUCUGAUUUGUGCUUGGCUGAUCAUAACCCAGUCACGUGCACUGCUUUCACUUGGUUUCAGAAUGUUGGCACUGCUUGUAUGAUGUAGCAUGUUGUCAGUUAAAAUUUGUCAUCCUGCUUUGAAACACUUGUUUGUUUCCUGAGAUGAAUUUACUGUGCUAUUGAAUCUUCAGGCAUAUUCUUGCUGCCAAAGUAGCCCAACAAUUGGAGAUGGUAUUUAACAGUAACUGGGCUACAUAAUUGAUAAUGGAUGCCCUGAUGCUCUUUGUGUAUGUGUGUGUGUUUGUUUUUGUGUGUGACAUCACAUGGCGAUAUUUUCUGAUUUCAGUCCCACCAAGAAAAAGAUGCAGCAUGUGGCCAACAUCUCCAUUGCAGUCAUGUACAGCAUGUACUUCCUGGCUGCCCUUUUUGGAUACCUAACUUUCUAUGGUGAGGCUUGGUCCUCUCAUUAAUAUCCUACCUCUCUCUCUUUCUCUUUCUCUUUCUCUCUCUCUCUCUCUCUCUCUCUCUCUCUCUUUGUCCUUUCUGUGCUACACUACCUAUUUUUGCUUCUUUGUUUCUUAUUCACGCUUUAAUCAGUCUAUUGAAGCAAUGUCACUUAUUUGUUUGUUUUCAUAUCAGCACUAAAUUAUGUCACAAUGACACUGCUGGCUUAAAAGCACUGUGAUGCAUCUGCCCCCUCUAGUGGUCAUAUUGCAGAUUUUCUUUGUACAAUAAGCACUUCAGAGGCACAAGAAGUGUUUCAUAACAUCUAGUCAUAGGUAACAAAGUCUUUCUUACUGUUUACCUUGUAAUAAAGUUUGAUUCAUAUUUGUUUUUAUUCAUGCCAGUUUUUAUAUAUUACCAACUCUUUGAUUAUUUCCUCUUCCGUGUUUAUUUAUAAAGUUUUAUGGGGGUGGAUUUCCCUCAUCAUUCUUGGACCUACUCGUGUUCCUGUCUCUUGAUUUCUUUCAGGUGAAGUGGAAGCAGAGCUGCUUCACACUUACAGCCGCAUUGACCCAUAUGACACCUUAAUUUUGUGUGUGCGUGUGGCUGUGCUCACAGCUGUCACACUCACUGUGCCCAUCGUCCUGUUCCCUGUGAGUAUGAUUUUUGUGUCUAUUGGCUUUAAAUUAUGAUGAAAACAUUUUCUCAAUGCAUGUUUUUGGUUUCGAAUUAUAAAGAAAGAGUUGCAUUGAUUCUUGUGUUUUGAUAAGGUACGGAGAGCAAUCCAGCAGAUGGUGUUUCCCAAUAAAACCUUCAACUGGCCUCGUCACAUCGCCAUAGCUGUCGUUCUGCUUACAUUUAUCAACCUGCUGGUCAUCUUUGCCCCCAACAUCCUGGGCAUCUUUGGGGUCAUCGGUAUGUUUGAGACACUCAAAUAGCACUACAGAUAUUAAGGAGCAGAUCUUACAGUAAACCUUCGACGUAAUUCUCCAAACUCAGAUUUUGACUUCCCUGAGUCACACCUUCAUAUUAAAAUGCAGAGAACUUUAAUGCAGCAUUCACUUCUGCAGCUAUCAAAAUGCUUAUCCCCUCGGCAAAGUAGUCAGCUCUCUCCAAUUUCUCAUUUGUGAUCCUUCUGUACACAAUUUAAUUUACCACACCACUUUUAUGUUCUGCCAGAAAUCUGCUUUUCAUCCUUCCUAAAGUCAAAGCAAUUUUUUUUUUCGAAAGCAGAAAAUAAAGCAACAAAAGCUUUAUACAGUAAAAUGUUAAAUGAAAACAUGAAAGCCUGAGCCUACAAGGAAAUCUCUUCAUUAAAGCUUAGUCUAUACUUGACAGAAUCCCAGACCUGUUAUGUGACAUCUAAUUUCACUGAUUACCUUUGUUGGUUUUGAGGGGUUUUCAAAGAUCAGUGAGCCAUGGAUGACUAACUGUCUACUUUGUCAAUUUGUGCGUCUUUUAUUGCUCCCCUAGACUUGUGCCCCAUUAUUACAUCGUCUCCUUUGUUCAUUAUAAGUCUUCUCAUGUUACCUUUUGCCCAAGGCUCAAGCUGUCCCUGAUUCUCUAAAUAGCACAGGGUUCCCUAUAGCAUGUUUGGUCAUACAAUAAAUAUUCAAGCAUAAAUAUUGGGAUUUUCUGUAUAUUUCUCUGGCCAAGCUAUUUUAGUCUAGUAUCUAUAUAGGCUUUGCUGACUGUCAUAUUGGACUGAUUGACCUCUAUUUAAAGCUGUGCAGCUUCUUCCCCCUAUUGGUGCUUUCAUGUAAGUGCAUGGAGGCCGAGGUAUGGUUGUUUUGGGGGUCUUUACUACUCCUUUUCUUACCUUGGCUUUUAAUGUAAAAACAGGAAAAGAAGGGGAACUGAGCUCUCCACAACUCAGGCCAUCGCAUCCAAAGAAGACCCAUGGAGGAACAAUUAGAAUAGUAACAUACUAUCAGAUAUAACUUAGAGAAUGCAAAUACUAACUCUUUUUGACUGAAGUGGUCCUGACUGAAUAAUGUUCACUAAAAAAUUGAAGUAAAUGAUAUUUAUCUUUCCUGAUCAUUACAGGCGGGAAAAACAUACAGAGAAUCAUAGCGAAUGUAUAUCUAGUACUUAUUUGAUUUAUGAAUAGAGUGAUGUUUUUAUCUGUUCCAGGUGCAACAUCUGCUCCUUGUCUCAUCUUCAUCUUUCCUGCUGUCUUCUACAUUCGUAUUGUACCCAAAGAAGAGGAGCCUCUGCGCUCAGUCCCCAAAAUCCUGGUGAGAAUUUUAUGAGAACAACAAAAUUUAAGUCUUUUGCACAGGUUGUAGGUAAGAGAAGAGUUAGACAAGGGUGUGAGGGCGUAUUCAUUGCUGCCUGUGGCUUUGGUUCUGAUGUUCAGAUUUUUAAACCUUUAGAUAGAAAAGACUUGGAUGGAGUUUUAAUCCUUGUUAGCUCAGAAAAAUGACACCUUAAAUCACGAACAUUCAGAAGUUUGUAAAGGAGGUUACCAGUGAAUAUGAUACAAAUAUGAUCCAUUAAGUUUGUGUUUCUCUCUCUCUCUCUCUCUCUCUCUCUCUCUCUCUCUCUCUCUCUCUCUCUCUCUCUCUAUCAGCUGCUCUCUGUAACUCUAUUUAACUCAGUCACUUUUUUUCCUCCAGGCCGCCUGUUUUGCUGGUAUAGGCUUCCUGUUUAUGAUAAUGAGUCUCAGCUUUAUCAUCAUUGACUGGACAUCAGGCACCAGCAAAGCCAGCAGUGGUCACUAAGCACCACCUUCCAUUUAUCCCUGGGUUUUAUAUUGUAGAUCUAGGUCUGUGUUGUUAUGUUACUGUUUUUACUUUGGAUAAUGUUUCACGUUGAAAACACCCUUUCCAUUUCCACUGAAGAAUAAUGGCCACAGAGAAGGGGUGUAGGGUUUGGGAUGGCUCUCUUUUUCUGUGCAAAUAAAGCUUCUUCCUGCCAAACAGGCUGAGGAUCAGGGCCAGUAGACUUUUUUUUGGAAAGUUGGUAGUUAUUUUACGAAAUAGGCCUGGUGCAUGAAGAGUGAGCUGAUUUCCUGAGGCUGUGCCUUUUGAGAUAGAUGGAUGUUAAAAAAAAACAAAAAACAGAAGAGCAACAAUUUAGAAAAAUGCCGUCUUCAUACGCUUGUCUCUAUGUUUGAUAUAAGCCUCUGUCACCCUCUGAUGAUCUGUGAUCUGCAAACUGCCACCCUGAUUAUAACUGGUUAUAAUACACACAUACUUUUAGCUGUUAAAUGCCAGAAUUGACAGGAAUUAUGGAUGAUACCUUUAUGACUUUUAUUUCCUGUUAAUAUCAUUUUAAGUUAUUUAAAUAACUAGGUCUUUGUCAUUCUGUGCAAAUGCAGAGAAAAAUUAUAGCACAAGCUUUGGCACAAAAAGAAGGGUUGAUUGAAAGGAGCAGUGCAAUAUUUCGAGGGAACAUGCUUGCAUUUGACAGAGGAGGACAUUGAUACCACUUGCAGUGAAUUUGAAGCCACAUCCAGCUGCUAGGUAGCUUAGCUUUGCAUAAAAAAUGAAGAAUGUUGGGACUAUUCCUUUAAGGUAUGCAGCCUUUUGCUCCUAUUCCACUGAAAUAUGCUGCUGCUGUGAGGAGGUCACACCCUCACUUCUUAAAGAUUAAAGAUGCAAAAGCACUAACUGUAUGUGGCGUAGAGUCUGAGCACAUUUUAAGUAACAUUCCGAAACAAUAUGAACUAGAUGUAUAUUUUUAUUAUGAAUCACUACCUGAUGAUAAACAACCUCAGAAGAUACAGUAUGGACAGAUGAAAUAAUUCACAUACAGGUCUUUCUGAGGCAGUAAAAUCCCUGGAUGUUGAGAUAAAAAUAUAUAUAUAAAGCCUUUAUUAUUUAGUGUUUUUUAUUCAGUAUUACUGUGCAAAUGACCAUGAUAAAUGGUACUCAAGACCUCAUUAGUUGAAUCAAAGUGAUGAAAAUGAAAUGAAAGUUACCACUCAGUGUUCUUAAUCGUCAAGCAGGGAUGAUUUUUACCUGAAAGAUUUGAUGUGUUGUUUCUGGAAGCAAUCAGAGAUAACCAAAACAUGUAUAGAAAAAAAACAGGGUCACUUCAUGAAGUGGUUUAGAAACAGUUUGAUGUCUGUAAAUAUUUCAGUGUCCAGCACAAGUUUAAUCCCUAACAGCAGACAUGAGAUUACUGUCUUCUUUAACAAUCUUGAAAAGUUGGCGGUUAGCAAUAGCACUUUCCUUUGAUAAGCACAACUUCUCGUAGCUAUUAAUGAGUUAGACAGCAAGCAAAUAAAGUGUGAGAAACUCACAUAGUCAAUAGAUGUGAGAUAAGGGAAUUUCCCUUUUACUGUAACAAGAUCAUUGAUAAAUGGAUCAGUCUAAUGUAGAUUAUAAGCAAUGUAUUGAUGGUAACAUAUGGAUGUCUUCUCAAACUCUACUUGAAAUGAUGUCAGUUAGCUUUUCUGUGAGCCUCUCUGAUCAGUUAUUCCCUCCUCUGGUUCUUAUUGUAUAAAUAUAAACAACUAAUUCUUGGAUGUACAAUAGGAGGUUUUGAAGUAUCUGUGUUGGUGGUCAAAUGAAAACAUGGCUCUGCUGUAUUUGAACUGUAGUACCUUGUAUGGAUUUGUAUUGUAAACCUGGACCUGUUCACUGAUCAGAGGUGUAAUUCCAGUAUUUGACUCCAACUAUUGGUGGGUUAACAACUAUUAGAGAUUUUAUGUUAAAUGUUUUUUUGGAGCAUAUCUGUUGAAUCUAAUCCUGAGAAGGAGUGCAGUGUGUUAAACCUGCAAAAACAGUUUAAUUUUGUCAUACCGUGAAAGUCAGUGGUUUGUCUGAAAGUGGUGGUUUGCUGUUGUGACUCAACAAGAGUCAGAACAAAGUCUGUUCUGACUCUUGCUGCUUCUGGUCAGACAGUAACCCACUAACUUGGAGUCGCUGGUUAGCUGGUGUAAUUGCCUAAAUUUCAUUACUUGUUACACCAGACCAUGGUGAGUGAUGUAGUGUUGUCCUGUCAAGUUGUAACACAACAAACCUCCUCAUAUCCCCCUUGUUUUUGUUAUACCUGGAAACUGGAGUGUUUUGUGUGUGUCUGUAUGCAGAAGGAAUUAUCUAAAUCAGCCACUGGGGCAUAACUUAGUGUUUGGUGUUGUUUAACCAAUGCAUAAACCUCUUGAUCCUAUUUGAGUAUUUGACUGGAUGUAUGAUGAAGCCAUUUCAAACAAGUGUUAUUAACUGUUUAAAUAUUGUGCAACACAUAAAACUUUUCAAAAUCUCACAGAAUGCUAAAACAACGGGCAUUUGAAUGAGAAGAUGUGCUGUAAGUGGCUGAUAGAAGAUGAUCUCUGAGGACCUCUAUUUAGAUCUUAAUGUUAGUCUCCUUCUUUGUGUGAUUUAUUGAAAUGUGAAUGAUUAAAUAGUAACAUCUUAAAUAUUGACAUCGGCCAGCAUUUAUAAAUAAUGUAUAUAAAUGUAUACCCUUUAUAUUCUAUAUGCAUAUCUAGUUUGUACAAUGUAAAUAGGGAUUAAAGUUUUAGUCCAAUUAAAAAUAUAAAUGUAAUCAUUUUCAAAGUGCUUUUAAACCUUUUUGUCCCUCUAUUCCUGUC